AUAAAGCCCGAACACAGCUCUCAUCACCCAGUGGGCACAGUAAGGCGACAGCCAUCAGCCGCCCCAUAGCCCUCAAUACAGAGCUCGGUAGCCUACUGCCAUUGGCCCGAACUAGCAGCCGGUCACAGGGAAUAGAGGGAGGAGCCUGUGUGGGAGUCGCUCUGCAAACUUCCCUGUUAUUACUGUAUAUGCCCGGGGCUGACGGAUCGGUAACUGCAGGACACACAGGUGAGUUACCCUAACAUUCCACAUCAGUCGCCAACAUUCCACGUUUAGAAUCCUACCUGCCACUUACACAGGGACCAGUCACGGAACUCAGUGGCAGCUUCAUGUAGCUGUCAAGAUCAUAAUGGCUGAUGAAGGAAGGGUGCAUUUCUUCCCUUAAAGUCAGAGAUAGACAUAUUUCACACUGGGUACCCUCAGUUCCGCAUUAAGUUGUUCUAGUACGUGGCACCAUGUUAGUUCCUGUGCCAGGUGGAAGGCCUGGCACGGCUUUAUGGACUGGCUGAGUGGCUUUCUCUUUUGUGGGAACUCCUAAACAAAACAAAAACUGCCUAUCAGCAAUGUUCGAGAUAUACAGCUGGUUUUCUUAUUGUUUUAGUUUUACCCCUUAAGGACCAAACUUCUGGAAUAAAAGGGAAUCAUGACAUGUCAUACAUGUCAUGUGUCCUUAAGGGGUUAAAAGCCAGGCUUGUGAAGUCAGUGAUACUUAUCUAGGCAUGAUGUACCAUUCAGUUGCACAAGAUUUGGCAGGAUUGUAUUAAGUGGGAUUUAUGUGUUGUAAGCUGUGAUCAGGACUGUAUGUUCUUACACAGACGCUUCUUUCCAAGAUUGGCUACUUUAUUUUACAGUAUGACAGACCUACAGACUUUGGUUUGUCACACACUGAUCCGUUUAUCAUCAAACACAUUCUUUUUGUAUAAAUGUCACAAAUAAUGGUUUUGUUUUAGUUUCCAUAAUUUCUGUCAGAGUUAUACCCUAAAAGAGUUUAUUCACUAAUGUCUGAAUAGUAGCAGUGAAGAUCCAAAUUGCAAAAACUAUUCUACCAUAGCCAAACUGUGGCUAUAGAGUUGGAUAAUGUGUACACAUUUGUGCACUGUUUGAAUUCAGCACAUUCUUCCUAACAGAGACUUUACUGGUGAUGUGCAGGCAUCACAAGUGGCAUUAAACAAAAGAGUCAGGCUCUGGCAGUUUAACCCCUUAUCACCGGGGGCAUAUCAUGCUGCCCUGCAAAAAGUGGGACUUAACGCUGCAGGACAGCAUGGUACCCUCUGCGGCAAUCUGAUUUGGCGGGACUGUGGCCAGUCCGGCCCUUUAGGGUCAUAUGAUAACUAUGACAUCGCAGUCACAUGGCCACAAUAGUAGGCUUCAGCACUGACUGCAGGGGAAUUGCCUAAAUUGUCAGGCAGUCCCCCAAAGCUGUAAUAAAGUUUUAAAAAAAUAAUCACACAUUUAAUUAAUGAUUUAAAGCUUAGAUCAUAAAUAUGUAUAUAUAGUAUCUCACAAAAGUGAGUACACCCCUCACAUUUUUGUACAUAUUUUAUUAUAUCUUUCCAUGUGACAACACUGAAGAAAUGACACUCUGCUACAGUAAUGUACAGCCUGUAUAACAGUGUAAAUUUGCUGUCCCCCUCAAAAUAACUCAACACACAGCCAUUAAUGUUUAAACCCUUGGCAACAAAAGUGAGUACGUUUGUAUUUAUGUAAAUUUUUUGAUUAUAAUUAAGUAAUUUAUUGAUUGCAAUUUGACGGACCUGCCUGACAACCCAGGCCGAAAGUCCAGAGAAUUUAAUUUGCUAGCACUGUAUUUUACCCUGUAACUUUCUAUGACACCCUAAAACCUGUACAUGGGGGGUACUGUUUUACUGGGGAGACUUCGCUGAACACAAAUAUUAGUGAUUCAAAACAGUAAAACAUAUCACAGUGAUGAUGUUGUCAGUGAAAGUGACUUUUUUUGCAUUUUUCACACACAAACAGCACUUUUACUCAUGUUAUAAUUGUUGUGAUACGUUUUACUGUUUUGAAACACUAAUAUUUAUGUUCAACAAAGUCUCCCGAGUAUAACAGUAACCCCCAUGUACAGGUUUUAGGGUGUCAUAAAAAGUUGAUGGCAUACCAUUUGCAAAAGAAGACAACCCAAGGUAUUGCAAAUGGGGUAUGUCCAUCCCUUUUAGUAGCCAUUUAGUCACAAACACUUGCCAAAAUUAGCGUUCAAUUUAGUUUUUUACUUUUUUCACACACAAACAAAUAUGAACGCUAACUUUGGCCAGUGUUUGUGACUAAGUGGCUACUAAAAAAGACUGGACAUACCCCAUAUUGAAUACCCUGGGUUGUCUACUUUAAAAAAAUAUGUACAUGUGGGGUGUGAUUCAGAGAUUUAUGACAGAUAAUAGUGUUACAAUGUCACUAUUGAUACAUUUUAAAAAUAUAUAUUUUGAAACAGCUUGCUAAAGCGAUUUAUCUGUCUGGACUCGGAGUAUAUAUACACUCAUCAGUCUUUACAUUAAAACCACUGACAGGUGAAGUAAAUAACCAUCAUUAUAUUGUUACAAUGUCAACCUGUCUAGGGGUGGGAUAUAUUAGGCAGCAUGUAAACAGUCAGUUCUUCCAUUUCAUGUGUUGGAAGCUGGAAAAAUGGAUAAGAGAAAAGAUCUGAGUAACUCUGACAUGUGCCAAAUAGUGACGGCAAGACGACUGGGUCAGAGCAUCUCCAAAACGUCAAGUCUUACUGUGUGUUCCUGAUAUGCACUUGUUAGCACCUACCAAAUGUGGUGAAAGGAAGGACAACCGGUGAACUGGUGUCGGGGUCAUGGGCACUUAAAGUUCAUUGAUGCACGUGGGGUUCGAAGGUUAGCCCGCAUGGUCCGAUCACACAUAAUAGCCACUGUAGUUCAAAUUGCUGAAAAAUGUAAUGCUGGUCAUGAUAAAAAGAUGUCAGAAUACACAGUGCAUGACAGUUUGAGGAAUAUGACAAAGAGUUCAAGGUGUUGCCUUGGCCUACAAUUUCUUCAGAUCUCAGUCCAAUUGAGCAUCUGUGGGAUGUGUUGGAACAACAAAUCCGAUCCAUGGAUGCUCCACCUUUAAACUUACAGGACUUAAAGGAUCUGCUGAUAAUGUCUUGGUGCCAGGUAUCACAGGACACAUUCAGCAGCUUUGUGGAGUCCAUGCAUCAGUACAUGGACAGAGCUGUUUUGGUAGCAUGAUGGGGCCUACACCAAAUUAGGCAGGUGGUUUUAAUAUUGUGGCUGAUCAUUGUAUGUACUUUGCAUAAAGUACAAGCUUAUGUCUGACAGGCAAUAAAUGCAGUUUGGGAUUUAGAAGUUCACGUGUACUGACUGACCUCGAGAUCUGUUUCUCAAGUUUCAAGACAUCAAUGAAUUAGGGGUUUGUGCCAUCAGGAGAAUGUACACUCAAGCCUUGUGCUCUUUAAGCUCACAUAAGUACACAUUUAUACUAUGAAUAAGCAUUUUCAAAACAAUUUUGUAUAAAAUAUCAACAUGGCAAUCGUAAUACAAAUCAGUAACUAUACGUGGCUGCACAGCCCUUCAACUACUAUGACACUACCCAGACACGCAUACACCACCAUCACCAAGACAGAGCCAGCCCCGCCUGGUAAGACGCAUUCAUAAACCAAUAAACCAUCCGUAUUGAACUACGCAAAUACUCAACACAAAUAUGAACAGGUGGCAACACCAAUAUCAGCACAAUUAUCGGCAAUGGCCACCUAGAUACUGGGAACAAUAUAAUAUAGCAAUGAUCGCACCCUAUGGCUAAACAUGUACAAGUUCAUACCAGAUGUAAAAUACACAUGUGAAAUAAAAACAUAUUUAAAACAUAUCAGUAACUACAUUUUCUCUCUUCGUACGAAUGCCUGCAGAUAUAGUUUAUUUGUUUCAUACAGUGAAUUGAAGACCAUAAACCCCUCUUCUUUAUGCAAUAUACAUUUCUAUACAUGAAGAGGAAAUAAUUUUAUUUCAGUUAAAAUUUAAUGAAUAUAGACAAAAGUGUUCUCCUGUUAUCGUCUUACUGUAUGCCCUUAUUUAAUUGCACAGGCCCAUUCAUUGUUUUGAGUUAUUUUAAAGAGCCAUCACAAAACAUCAUUACAAUUAGUGUUAAAUAAUUGAAGUAUAGUAAGAAACCUGUCACCACAUGUCCCUGAGAUUGGAGAAAAGGCUUCUUCCCAAAAAGUGUUAGAUUCAUGGAGCAGUGCUUUGUGUACCAGACAUGAACACAUUCAUCUUUUGAUAAUAUUACAAAGUAAUUUUUGCUACUGCACAAAAUGUACAGUGUCAUACAUGUCGGACAUAGUGUAUGAAAUUCUAUUGAAAAGUAAAAUGUUUGGAAAAAUCAACAAGCACGAUCCAUUGUGUUCCAUGGUAAUUAGUCUACUUUUAGAAAAUAGUUUUGCUAAAACAGCUAGGUUCCCAAGUUAUAGACCCAUAUUCUACCCAAAAUGACCAGCCCCAGCCUGCCAGUAUUUGCAUAUAAAUGCUUAGAAUUACAAGCUUGGAGAAAUAGUGACAAACAGAGUGAUAAACGGCGCUCAAAAGGGUGUAAAAAUUAUAUAACACUUUUGUGUUUAUAUAAAUAUAUAUAUAUAUAUAUUUACAUAUGCUUCUAUCAAUUCAAGGUAUACUGGUAUUGGGUAACUUUUAAUAACCUCAAAAAAGAAAAAAAGGACAAAAAAAUAGUGCAAUAUGUAUCAAUAUUUAGAAUAAUUUGUAUAAAGUGUAUAGAGGGCCAACUAAGAGCUCUGCUGUUAUUUGCCUGGAUGGUACAAUCCCUGUCUAUGGAUAUAUGUAGCUCUGUGGUACUCGCCGUCCAAUAUGCAUGGAGAAAAUAAAACAGAGAACGGUCUUAUGGUGUAGUAUAUAUACAUAAGAUACAGGGAUUGUACCGUCCAGGCAAAUAACAGCAGAGCUCUUAGUAGCUCAGUAAAGUGUGAGUUGGCCCUCUAUACACUUUAUACAAAUUAAUCUAAAUAUUGAUACAUAUUGCACAAUUUUUUGUUCUUUUUUCUUUUUUGAGGUUAUUAAAAGUUACCCAAUACCAGUGUAUCUCGAAUCGAUAGAAGCAUAUGUAAAUAUAUAUAUUUAUAUAAACACAAAAGUGUUAUAUUAUUUUUACACCCUUUUGGGCGCUGUUUGUCACUAUUUGUAUUGCUUGUGAGGUUUUGGGAAUCCUCACUGAUUUACUGCUGAAAUACCACUGGUAAUAAAACCAGCAUUUAGUGACUGUUCCUUAGCCGUCAAUCAUCUUUUUUUCAUCAAUCAUCUCUUUUUUUGGUGCCAUAGGUAGAAUCCAGAAUCACGUAACAAAACGAACAAACUUGGCCAUUGCAGGUUUUGUUUGGUUCGUGAAUCGGCUACGUUUUGGCUCAGAGUUUGGGAAUUCGACCAAUCUUCCAAUUUGGAUGAAUUGUAGUUUGUAGAGAAUCAAACCUCCAAUUCUAGUAACUAUGGAGAAUUUUUCCAAAUCAGCCUUUUUUUGUUUUCAAAUCAUUAGAAAUUGGUGUUUAGUGAAUGAACUCCAGACAUUCCCCAUUAGGUUGUGUUCAUUAAUCAGUAAUCGCUAUGGCAAUUUUUAUGAUGUUUUCUUAGGAUCACACUCUGUGAAUGCUGAAUAUAACUAAAUUGCAAUGUAAGGACAAUAUAAGCUGUCUUUCAGCUGACUUCUCUCCUGUACUGAUUGUCAGGCAUUCAGGCAGUAUAGCAUAGAAAUAUAGAAACAUAGAAUAUGACAGCAGAUCAGGGGUGUGUUUACUUUCUGGGGGACGGCAAAAGAAGCUGCCCCCCACUUGCCUCAGGGCCCCCCAGGCUGGCAGCGGCGGAACUUCAUGGAACUUCACUAGUCCUCCUGUAAAGCUCCCUCGCGCACCGCAGUGAUGUCGGAGCCGGAAUAUGACGUCAUUCCGGCCCCAGCAUCAGUAAGCGGCACGCGAGGUAGCUGAACAGGAGGAUCAGUGCUCCCUUGCCGACUGCAGUGACCGGCCGUCCGCCCAGCAGCCCCACUGGACCCCAGGGAAAGUGAUAAUACACCCCAGCAUUCCCAAAGGUAGGUAGGCUGGGGGGAUUGAAUUUAAAAAAAUAAACUUGAGUGUGUUAGUGUGUGUGUCUGUUAGUGAAUGUGUGUGUGUCUGUUAGUGAGUGUGGGGGUGUCUGUUAGUGAGUGUGUCUGUUGGUGAGUGUGUGUGUGUGUGUCAGUGAGUGUGUGUCUGUGUUUGUCUGUUAGUGAGUGUUAGGGAGAUACAGUCUCCCGCACUGCAUACAAUACUCCAAGUGAGGUCUCACCAGUGUUCUGUACAGUGGCAUGAGCACUUCCCUCUUUCUACUGCUAAUACCUCUCCCUAUAGUACCAAGCAUUCUGCUAGCAUUUCCUGCUGAUAUAUUACACUGUCUGCCUACCUUUAAAGGGACACUAUAGUCACCCAGCCCACUUCAGCUCAAUGAAGUGGUCUGGGUGCCAAGUCCCUCAGGUUUUAACCCUUCAGAUGCAAACAUUUGGGGUUAAGCCAGCCUCUAGUGGCUGCCUUCCAGACAGCCACUAGAGGUGCAGCUGCGACGCGGGAGACAUAUUAUGCCUCCAUCGCGCAGAGCGUCCAUAGGAAAGCAUUGAGAAAUGCUUUCCUAUGGACACUUUGAAUGCGCGCACGGCACUUGCCGUGCAUGCGCAUUCGGCUCCGCUGACGUUGGCAGCGGGAGCUGACAUCUGAGGGGGAGGAGAGGACACCAGUGCCGAGGGAGCCCGACACUGGAUUAAGGUAAGCUGCUGAAGGGGUUUUAACGCCAUGGGAGGGGGAACCUGAGGGUGGGGGCACUAUAGUGUCAGGAAAACCGCUUUGUUUUCCUGACACUAUAGUGAUCCUUUUAUUCAUCAGAAAUAAUUACCCAAAAAUCCUCUUCCUCGGAUGUUGAGGUUAGGACUCUAUCAAAUAUUCCAUACUCUGACCUUGCCCAAGAUGCAUUAUCUUGCACUUAUUCACAUUAAAUGCCAGUUGCCACAGCUCAUUUGGCUUAUCCCUGCUGGAACAUCAAGCAUUUGCUAGGACUUGCUGUAAGCAACCCUUGAUUAGCCAAGUGCAUUGGGCUAUUUUUUCUAGGUGUUCUUGAUAGCCUGAAUGCACACUCACUUGUACACACUAUGAAACAAGGACCGUGUACACACCCAGUGAACUAUGGUAAGAUGUUGGUGGAGGAAAUUGUGAUUCAUACCUGUUUCUCCCGCACUCCUUUGUCCCAUUAAAAGCUCCAUCAUGUUAGGAUAGAGUAGCUAUGGCUGUUAGAAUAUUGACAUUUCUCCUUUAAAUUGAGUCACAGAUCUUGGCAAUAAAACAAUUAAGCAUGUUUAAAUGGGAGUUAAUGAUCACUAUGUCAGCUGACAGAUGAUGAGCCGUUUAUCAGCAGUCCAGCAGAAUGAUCAGUGGUAAUAAAAGAAAAAAAGAACCCUUAUGUAUAGGAAAUUUUCUUAAAACCCUUGGAGCUUCCUAAAUAUAAUGCUAUAUGUCAAGACACCAGUCAUUGUUUUAAGAAUUUACAGUAAUUUUUACUAAAAAUUAGCUUCAAGUGUUACCCUAAGCACCAUAACAUUUAAAGUGGUUAUGAUGCAAGAAUCCUGUACUGAAACAGUGCACGUACGUUGAUAUUUUAUAUUGCUGUUGAAGGUGUAACUCCAGCUCUGGCAGCCAUCAUUAGCCAAUCUAAGCAAGUGCUAGUUUUAAAGGGACAUGCCAUAGUCACCAGAACCACUACAGCUUAAUGUUGUUGUUCUGGUGUCUAUAGCCUGUCCUUGGAGGCUCUUUAAUGUAAACACUGUCUUUUCAGAAAAAAUAUAGUGUUUACAUUACUGCCUAGGAACACCUCUAGUGGCCCGUCACUCAGACUGCGUUGCAUUACAUAACCGCCUGGGUGAAUCCCACUGGAAAUUCCUGGGGACCUCAUAAAGGAUCUCUUCCAGUAUUGUUUGGAAAGGCAUCUCUCGUUCAGAGUGAAAUAUCUCCCAGGUUGAGACAUUUUUGUCACGGAUUGGUUCUCCCACCACUGAAGAGAUGCCAGCCUCUGGCAGGACCUUCUUCACCUGGAUUUGUUCACUUUCAAGGUGAUUUUGUCAGAUGGUCGAUUUCUUUAACUGGUUUUUGGAUCCUCUCUGUCUCGCAGUGGAUGCUUUUCUCCUGACAUGGUCAGCUUCGGGAGCAUAUGAGAUUCCUGCGUUCUCUAUGUUCAUAUGGACUCUUCAUCUUCUGCAGUGUCAAGAUGCGACGAUACUGCUGUCGCACCACUCUGGAGAGCUCAACCUUUGUUCCUGCUCUUUCUAUAGUUAUCAUGCGAUGAUCCCCUGUUCUUCCUCACUCACCCUUUCUCUUUCUGGAUCUAGAAGGCAAUCCUCAUUCGUUAGUCUUAAAGGAUCGCCUACCUCUGGUGGCCUGGACUGUUUCUGGGGAUCAUGGAAUGUGUCAGGCCCAUCACCAGCUGCUAGGGACCUGCUUUCUGGAAAGGGGUCUGGAUUCCUUUACUGCCCCUUUCGUGACCAUCUUGAAUUUUCACUCUUGCAUUUUCUCUCAAGGCUAAUCCUACAGGAUUAUCAAAAUUUUUGUUCGACCAUUUCUGCGGUCUAGGUCCUAUUUAUGGUUCUAGGGUGGGAUCCUACAAUUUUGUAGAUUAGUUUGUGGCAUCAGUCUGGACAGACCUCCCCCCCCUUGCUACUUCUCCUUCCUUUCUGGAAGAAUGGCUGAACAAUUAUGUGCUUUUUAGUUUCGCAGAGUGUCUGAACUUUCAAAACCAAUUCUUUUUCAUUUUCACCUGGUGUUGUCUUUCAUGAUUUCUCAUGGGACAAAGUCUAAUUUGUCUUCUGUGUUCUUAUCUGGUUUUUUUCUGGAUAGACCUUGACUUUUUGUGGCUUGCUGCCUUUGUUAUUACAUCUCAAUUUUCUCCAUGUGGUCCACUCUUGAUUUCAUAUGCACGUCCUUUUAACCGGUUUCGACUCCCACGGUGGCUCAUCUUGUGGGCGUGAACUGUUCCUUUGGUGCCUACUCUGUCUGAGUUGGCUCCGUUUUUUUAUCUGAGAUUUUGUCUCCAGCAGAUUGGUCCCAGGACUCAACUAUUGUUAGGGACCAGGAACCAGACAGAGACAGAACUAGAUGCAACAACACCUUUAUUAACAAAUAGAAAAUAAAGAAAUAACCAAAAGCAAAGUCCAGGAGGCAAGCAGGGGUCAGGCACCAAAGCGGGUAGUCAGACGAGCCAGGAUCAGGAGAACGGAGAGCAGCGAAGUCAGGAAAAAGGCUAGAGUCAGGAACCAGGAACACACAGGAACAAGGAGACUUCUGGGGAACAGGAAACCACGCAAGGGCAAGGAGGUACUGGGAUUUGCUGCUUAACCCAUUAAGGUCACAUGACAUGUGUGACAUGUCAUGAUUCCCUUUUAUUCCAGAAGUUUGGUCCUUAAGGGGUUAAAGGACCACUAUAGGCACCCAGACCACUACAGCUUAAUGAAGUGGUCUGGGUGCCAGGUCCAGCUAGGAUUAACCCUUUUUUCUGUAAACAUAGCAGUUUCAGAGAAACUGCUAUGUUUACCUAUGGGUUAAUCCAGCCUGUAGUGGCUGUCUCAUUGAUUUUUACAGUGAGAAGACGCCAGUGUCCAUAGGAAAGCAUUGAGAAUGCUUUCCUAUGGACUGGCUGAAUGCGCGCGCGGCACUUGCCGCGCAUGCGCAUUCAGCCGGUGACGGAAGAAGAGGGAGGAGAGGAGGAGGAGAGGCCCCCGCCCGGCGCUGGAGAAAGAGGUAAGUUUAACCCCUUCCACCCCUUAGAGCCCAGCGGGAGGGGGACCCUGAGGGUGGGGGCACCCUCAGGGCACUAUAGUGCCAGGAAAACGAGUAUGUUUUCCUGGCACUAUAGUGGUCCUUUAAAUAGGCUGCCUGAUUAGCAGCAGGGCUGGUUACUACUAUCAGGUGAGUAACCGUGGCAACAUACUGAAGGAGCUGAUCCUUAAUAUCAGCUGAAAACUCAGACACAGAAAAAGGAAGGGUUGCUCUUUAAAACAGCAAAGAAACCCUGACAACUAUUCAGAUGUUUUAUUUCCGUCCUUGAUCUUAUGCUUCUUUUGCGUUUGUUUCUGGGUGUUAAACUUGCAAAUAUGAUAGCCUCGUGUCUUGAUGUAAAACUGAGUUUUUAUUCUAGUCUUGGUGCAGAAAUAAUCAAAAUUUUAUUAAACACAGUAGGUAAAUAUUCCCACCCCAUUGUUUUUCUUUCCAUCCCUUUUUUUCUUUGUCUCUUCAUGUCAUAAUGGGUACUUAUGCUAGUGUGUUUUUUUUAUUCUUUGGAUGAUGUUUAUGGUUUUGUUUUGAAAUUGAUUUUGCAUAUUUCGAUUUAUGGACUGUUUUUAUAUUGAUGUGACAACUUUCUUACACUUUACUUUCACCAGUCUUUCGGGUUUCCUUUUCAGUGUGAUCAGUGUUAUCCUGACCAUUUUUGUCCUGUUUUGUUAUGUUUUCAUGGUUGCCGUUUAUAGAUGUUCUGCUCUCCUGUUCGACCUUUCAAGGAAAGAGAAAGUGCGAGAGUCCAGUUAAGCGUUUUAUACGUCUAACCUCAUAUUGAUUGGUUGUUUUCUUUUGACUAUGUUAACUGUUUCUUUGCUGCUGGAGGUCUCGGUAAAGAAGGCUAGAAUAAUACUCAAGUCUGUGCACAUUCUUUGAGGUUCAUUCUGUAUCGCUUUCAGCCAGUGAAUGGACGGAACAAUUAUCUUUCAUCUUCUGCAGGUCUGCCAGCAUGAGGAUCCGUGCUUGGCAUGACUCUGGUAAGAGGCAACCUGUUGCAAAAUGACUAUUUGGUUUGACUACUUCCCUUAGGAUGGGGUCAGGGCACUUCUGGCACCAUAACCACUACUGCGGGCUGUAGUGCUUAUGGAGCUAGCUGUGUUCGUUUGAUAUUAUUAGGAAAAAAGUGCACUCACAAUUUGAAGAGUUUUUUACAUGUAAAUUUAACAAAAAGGACCACUGAAAGCCACUUACCUAUCAACUCAAAUCUGCCAAUCUGAUGGUGUCUUAAAAGUUUAUCACAAGAAAAAAAGGAUUAUGUUUGUGUUUCUUUUUUCAUAUAUUUGAAGUGAAAACUUGUGAACCAAAUAAAGAAUGGAAAAAGGAAUGGCAAAAUAAAAUGAUGGAAGAAGCACAGCAAGGGAUAUUUUGGAACAUGUACGGCAAUAAAUAGGAAUAAACAAAAAAAGAUGCGUUGUUGCAAAGGUCCCAGUUACACAGCCUUGUGCUCUUUUUUUGCGGGACCUGUUUGACUGGUCCAGUAGGUAAUUUUCGGGUGUGGCUUUAAAGCAGAGAAGAUUGUGGUUUUACUCAACAUCAUAUUUACAAUAGCCAGACUUUCCAUCAGAAAUAAGCAAGAUGCACCAUAGUUUCAUGUCAGAGACAAUUGAGGUUAUGUAGAAUUGUGGCUUAAAGUCUUUAAAGAGGAACAGUUACCUUGGAAACCAAUGAGAAUUCACGUGAGUAGCUUCAAUGUUAGAAGCUUGCUGCAGUGCACAAUUGCUCUUUUGUUUUACCUAAUCUCCAUUGUAUUGGUAUUUGCUGUGAAAGGAAAAAUACACUGCACACCUGCAUUAUUUACUGUAGGAAAUGAAUUGCAUACAGUCUAUUUCUUAAACUAUCAACCUUUUAAUGAUUGUGUUUCAUCUUUUUUUCAAACACGAAGAGAAAUAAAUGUAUAAAGUAAAAUAGCAACCUAGUUAUCAUAAUUAACAGAGCGGUGAUAAUUGUUCUGAAAACAUUUUUUAUAGUUAAUUUGUAUAUGUCCACCUUCUAUUCUGUAUUUGCUAUCUUGAUGACACAGAAAAUGUUUGCUUUGUAACUAAAACUGGAUGACUAUAGUACGUAUUAUUUAUUAUCGGCUCCUUUUAAAUUCUAAAGAGACUCUCCAAAAACCAGAAUUGCUCACUCUGAUUGUAGUGGUUGUGGUGCAUGUUUUUCAAGGGUUUUUUUUGUGUCAAACUGUUUUCACGUGCUUUUAUAAAAAAAUGAAGCCUAUCACGUAGUUUAUGACAUUAUAUCAGGAAUUUUCACCAUCAUAACUCACUCUAUGUUUGUGAAUCUAAGUAGAAUGUGCAAAUGCUGAUAUGGUUGCUUUUAAAAAGGCAUGAGUCAUAAUUGCAAGUACACUAUAAUAUUGCUGCACUGAUAGUAGAAUGUUUAUAGCUUUGUUUCUAGUAAUCAUUAGAGUGCAGGGGACAUUACUGUAGUUUAAUGAUACAGCAGUGUACACAAUAUUAAAUUAGAGAAAAUCAUGGCCCCCCCGCCAAAGGCUACUCACACUCAGAACCCUGUUGCGACACAUUCUGCAGAAUGCUUUUGGCUUCCCUCCUGCAUGGGUGGGAGGAAAUAACAUUUCUUAAGGUUAGUUCCUCCCAGUGCUGCCACGGAAGGAGGAAGAACUGAAUAUUAGCUGGCAGAGCGGCAAUGACGCCGGGACAGAAUUAUCAACCAGGUGGCACGCCAGGACAUGGCUUCUAACCAGGGACAAUACCAGUCCAACUGGGAUGUCUGAUAAGCAUAGUUAUGGUGCAUGGAGUGUCCCUUUAAAAUGACACUGCAGACACUCAUACACAUGUUAAUUGCUAUGUGUAGUUAAAGUUAUGUUCAGUGGCUUAUUACUCAUCAUCUUUAGAAUGUAUAAAAUUAAAAAUAAUAACAUCGUUUAUUUUCUUCUUUUUCUUUUCAAAGUGGCAAAAAUAGUAUAGAUACAAAUCUAGUCACAGUUGAAAUGUAAUAAACAAUAUCCCAUGAGGCUUAUAGAGAAAACAACCUUAAAAAAUUUACUAACGUGCUCAUUUUUGCUAAUAAAUAAACGUGUAGUGCACCCAACAAGAUGAAGAAAAAGCAAAGCGUAGAAGUAGAAGGGCUAGAUAUAAGAGAAUAGUGUGUAGUACUGUGACAGGUCACAACCAUUUAACACAGUUGUGGUCAGUCAAUUUGCCACAGUUAAAAAAUUGCCAAAAAAUUACUAGUUUUAGGGCUUAAAACUUAAAAGAACCUCCUGACAUGCCUAUCCCUGUUUUAGGUUAUAACAGGAAAGUUUAAUAAAAGAGCGCAAUGAAGGCGGUGUAAUGGGGUAUAUUCAUAAUGUGCUCCAUGCCUAAAGUAGAUGGAAUAUCAGUUGAACAAACCCAGUUCUUCAAAGUGAUGUGGGACACUAUAGCAUUAGGAGUACAAAUGUGAUGUAUAACAUGGCACCCGGAGAUGAAGUUGUCUAUGUGCCUAUAACAGGGCUUGUCAAAUUUACUUGGACUCUAGGAGGCAGUUCAAAAUGUUAGGAGCCAGGUAUUUUAACGCCAAAAAUACAAGUCUUAAAGGGACCAGAACCACUACAGCUUAAUGUAAUUGUUCUGUAGUCUGUAGGCUAUCCCUACACGUUUUUCAAUGUAAACAGACAAAAGGCAGUGUUUACAUUGCAGCCUAGUAACACUCAGAUUAUCUCUAGCGGUGUAUCCUGGAUAGGUGCCCCACAGUGUGCAGCACCUCCAUGCAGACGCUUAAUGCUGCCCAUACGGUGCACCGAUUCAAGCGUGUUUUGCUGCACAUGCGCUAUAGUCUCCCGUGCGAUCGUAGCAGUCGGUCACCUAAACAGACGCACUCACUGACGCACACCCACUCACUGACAGACACACAAACACAUUCACUGACAGACACACAUUCACUGACACACACAAACACAUUCACUGGCAGACACACUCACAGACAGACAGGCAGACACACACUCACAGUCAGACAACACAGGCAGAGAGACACACACUCACAGACAAACACACAGUCACAGACAGAUACUCACUGACAGACAGCAGAAACACACUCUCACUGACAGACAGCAGACAUACACUCACAAAUUAUGUUUUAUUUACAUUUGUCCCCCAGCCUCCCUUCCUUUCCCUUGGAGUCCAGUGGGGCUGCUCUGAUAACCUUCCUGCUCCCUCACACGCUGUUUAAUGAGUCAGGGCCGGAUUGACAUCAUACACUGGCUCCCGGCAUCACAGGAGGGCGCGUGAGGAAGCAGAGCAGGAAGAUCAUAGCUCCUUUGCCGCCGCCGUAAUCAGUCAGCCGCCUGCCUGCCUGCCUCAGCUCUUGUUUAAUGAGCCGUCCGCCUCUGCUUACUAUUAGCCCCUGCCUGUCUGUCCGCCCACCUCUGCUCACUAUUAGCCCAUGCCUGAAGGGGCUCACUCAUCCCAGGCACCAGGACACAUUUCCUGUCGCCUAGGAUUUGUCGAGCCCUGUCCCUUUAAAAAAAACUAUAGCUUUGGCAAUACGCUAACGCAAUAGUGUUUCUUUAAAGGGACACUAUAGGCCACUAGCUGAAUUUAAACCCUCCAAAGUAAAAAUGUUUUAUAUUGAAUUUUCAAUGUUUUACAUUCAAGUGUUAAAAUAUGAGGGACUUGGCACCCAGACCACUUUAUUGAUAUGACUUGGUCUCUGUGCCUAUAGGGUCCCUAUAAAGCCUGUCUCCAGGUUUAGCAGAGCUCCCUGUAUGGUCCUGUUGGUAAGUGGCUGUAACGCCCCUUAAGUGGGCAGACAAACCCAUCCAUUAUAGGCAUUGAUGGUGAUGUGAGUGCUGUUUGCAUACCUGCCAGUGUUGGAAGGUAUGUUAUGUGCAAAUCUAAAUCAAAGCAUAUUCUAUUCUGUUAUUGGACUGUCUGGCUAUCUUCAAAUUUAGAGUAACUGUCUAAGAUAUUUCAUAAUGUUUAUGUAAUGUUUUAAUUCAAAAGUCUGUUCUCUUUCAUGUUUCAAUGCGGGCAAUGAUCAGUUGUCCCCUUAGUAUUGCUGUUUUAUCUCUGCUUUGGUUAAUUAAUGUGCUAUUUGCUAUAUAUAAAAAAUAUUUCUGAAACGUUAAGCUUGUUGUCGCAGUUCUUGCUUAGUUAUGGUACUUUAUGCCACCAAUUGUAAUAAGUGGGUUAAUGCUGUUCGGCAUCUAAUGGCAAACCUUUAAACUAUAACAAUUCUGUUAUGUGUUUUUAUAUACUGACAUCACUUAUUACCCUAAUGUACCUCUUUUGGGGGUGGGUAUUCUAUUUUCUAUGCCUCUUUCCCACCCUAUUACUUUGUGUAUGUUUUGUUUUCUCGUCGUUGGUUUCUAGAAGGUCAGAUCUAUUUGUCUACAUGAGUGUGACGCAGAGCUCCACAGUAAUAUAACUGCCAAUAAGGUUUUACAACUACAAUAAAUAAAUAUUAAAGGAACGCUAACAUUGUUAGUGUGUUCCCUGCCUUUUUUGAUUAUGGGCUCAACUUUUAAAAUAAAAACGAAAAACCGCAUUUUUACUCAAAGGAACCCUAUGGACAUUAUCCGGCACAAAUGAGAAAGUCUGUACUUGGAAGGAUAGGGAAGGCAUGCUGUAGCUGUAGAUUGCAGAUCUCCAGGUUUUGCAAACCAAGAUAUCAAAUACCCCCAAGAAAACAUACAAAAAGAAUUACACAAAUGAUUAGCCUGGCGUUCUUAAAUUCAUGUACUUUUCAGGAGAAGAGCAAAAUAGUGACGUGAACCGUGAUGCCAAAAGGGAUUGCCAAUUUCUUUCAUAUAAAUUAAAAUAAAACAGAGCAUCAAAUUAAAAAAAAAAAAAAACAAGUUAAAACAAGUGAGAGGGGAUUUUCAAUGUUAUAUUCGUGAAUUUUAUUACCAGAGCUUUGAUGACUCUCUUUCAUAGUGUUGAGGAAAAACUCCCUUAGUUCUGUUUAUGACGACUUGGUUCUCAGUAAAAUCAAUUAAUCUCAUUGUGAUAAACAACAUACUGGGUGAAGUGCCACAACUUACUUCAUGCCAACGUACAGUACUCCAUGGGUGGGCUGCACUGCAGUCAGCAAUGCCAGGCUUUUUCUUGAAGCAUCACAGAAAUGACUGUCUGGAGGUAACCCAGGCAAGUGCUGGCUGGCAUAGUUGACCUUAAUGACUGAUAAGCAGCAUGUGUCCUCUAUUUAACACAGUACAUUACAGGAUCACCACAAUCACUGCAUGCACUGUGCUCUUACUGGAAGUCACAGCACUGAGGCUUUCCAAUAACAGUCCAAGGUAUCUGCCAGGCAUAUGAUAGUUUUGCAAUCAGUAGUGCAUGCUGUGGUCAGCAUCCAUGGGCUAUCCCAUGGGUAUAGGAACCGGGGUAAUCACAUGUGUGACUGGGAUUAUUUUAAAACCGCCCCCCCUCCCCAUUUUCAAUGACUUCUAUGUCGCUGCAAAUCUGUUUUACAGUGUAAAAUAGAUGUAUGGUUAAUUAGGGUUAGUGAAGGAUAAGUGCUGGUUAUGAAUAGCAAGGAUUAGCGUUAGUUAGGGCUAGACAGCAUAAGCAAGGAUUAGCAUUUAGAGGUGUAACUGGAAAGCACAGCACAGCUCUCCCCUCUGUGAGGGUCGAGGAGGCUGGGCACCGGCUCUAAAGGUUUGCCUGCGGACCACUGGUAGGGAUAUAUAAAAACCAUCAAAGUUUGACACUUGUUAGUAUGAUGACACAGAUUGUGUCACUUCUUCAAAUAGCAUCACUGGGGGAAAGCAAAAAGGUAUAUAACAAUUAGGAUAUGUCUAAAAUGUGAUCCUAUAAGAUCCCCACAAACUUCGCAAUACUCUGGAAAUGUGGCAGAAUACAAAAGUAGCAUACAAGGCCUGUAAUUUACCUUUCAAUAUAUAAGUGGAAUAAAAUGUUAUAUAAAUGGAAUAAAAUUUAUCACAAAAUUUGCCAAGUAAAAGACUCGAAUAGCCUCAUAUGAAAUGCCUAGGCCCUCUGUUUAACUGUUGUACCAGGGAAUGUUAAGGACAUUGACUCUAACGAGCAGCAUUAGGACUUUCUGGCUCCUCUAAGGAUCUUAGGACAUUUAAUACUUAGGGACCUCUUGAAGGUACUCAUUCAUACAAGCUUGCUGCAUAAGGACAUUCCUUUAUUUUACUUUAUUCUUCUUUCAUACAUGGUCUUAUGUUUUGUAUUUAUUGGUGUAAUAGUAGUUGUAUUUUAUAUCUGUGUAUAAAUUUUGUAUUUUAUAAAUUUUUCUGGUAGUGUGUUUCUGAGCGUUGUUCAGGUUGCUUUCAACUGUAUUUAAGUUAUUCUUGGAUUGGCUUAAUCGUGUUGCUAUAUCCAACAUUACACGCAAACCCACCUCUUCAUUCACACACACACACACAGAAUCCCUACAAAAACACAACUAGAUUCAAACAAACAUACAUCUAGACACAAAUCCAACCACACAAAGAUGGAUCAUUGACAGAUUUCCAGAUGCCAAAGCAUCAUUGUAGUUAUACAAUAUUUGACGAUGUGAUUUUAUCCACCUGUACUCUAUAGAGGGGCCCCAAAAAUUGUGGUUUUUUUUUUUGUUUUUUUAUCUGUUAUUUUGGUUUUAAAAACGUAUUUGUCCUGAAUGGAUGACUGUCUACAAGGGCAAAAUCCACACACGGGUGCAUUUUGUUCUGUCCUGAAACUGGGCACCUCUCUGUCUUGGCUACCUGUCAGUCAGCAUAGAUACCAUAUAGAGAGAGCAGGAGAGACAGUCUAUGUUUCUGGUUCCUAUUCUUGUUGCAGUGUGCUGAAGAGUUAAAAUAAGUUAUCUGUCAUUUUGAGUGUUUUAUUAUAUGAUGUAAUUUCCAGAGAAGUGACUGUCCCUCUUGAAUUUUUUUUUUUUUUCUUAAUGGUUAUCUAAUACUUGUUUGCAUACUGUAGUGAAAAACAGCACUGAUUUUGAGACAUUACUUUGUAAUAUAUAAAGCCUGAGCCAUUGUUUGUACACACGUCUAGACAGAUCGCCUGUAUCCGAGAGGUAACUGCUAAUUAUGUGGCUUUGGUCAUAAUAAUAUAUUCUUGUGCUAGACAGGUGACUAAACAGAUAAACCAAAAAUAGACUUGGAGUAAAAUUCUCAACAUGCUGGAAACAUUCAUUAUAUUACCAUUUUACUAUUGAUUUAUAUAUCACGGAGCAGUAUGACAGACAUAAAUGUAACUGUUGGACACAGAGGCAUACAUACCUAUGUUAAUUGGCACCCAGAGCACUAUGGCAUUAGGAAUAUACAUUUACAUAUGCUAUAAUGUUCCUUUAACACUGCAGGUUAACCACAGCACUGUGUUAUACGUGAUCUAGGAUGUUGCAACAAUGCUGAUUUAAAAGUAACACUAUGAUGUCAGGGAUACAAAGAUAUAGUGUUAAAUUAUCAGUUUAGGUCCCCAAACCAUCUUAGAUCACAAUAACAAGGUGAUUUUACUCACUUUUUCUCCCACGCUGUACUGGUCUCGCUGCGGCCCUUCCUGGCUUCUCUUUCAUGGCUGAGAUCCCAUAGGAAAACUAUUGGGAGCUGCGUCAAUCACCUUCUCCUCACAGAGAUGCAUUGAAUCAGUGCAUCUCUUUGGGGAGCAUUCACUGUCUCCAUGAAGAGCCUGGAGACGCUGAAAGUAGGUGCUGCACACAGUGAAACACUGAGAUAGAGGAAGCACCUCUAGUGGCUGUCUGAGUGACUGCCACUAGAGGUGUUACUAGGCAGCAAUGUAAAAACAGCCUUUUCUCUGAAAAGGCAGUGUUUACAUUAAAAAGCCUGCAGGUACAGGCUAUAGACACCAUAAACACUACAUUAAGCUGACUAUAGUGUCCCUUUCAUGUACAGCCCAAUACAGCUCCUAGCAGUGUUAUGUUCACUGUUAUAACAGCUGCAUCUUGAGGGCAGAACAUGCUGAUUGAAACGCAUUCAGUACAUGUGACCAAUGCUUCUCUAUAAGAAGCAUGUGAAAUCAUUACAUGUGCAGAUUGGGCUGUGUUAAGUAGACGGUCUUGUCAAUGAAAAAAAAAAAAGAUGAAUUUAUUUUAUUUUAUUAAUAAAACGUGGUGGCCCUACUGAUAAAACAAGACAGGAACACUUCAACGAUAAAAUAAUGAUAUUUCAUUUUAAAAUUGAGUUUCUUCUAAUAGGGAAUCCAGAUGUGGACCCCCUGUUUACUGUACCUAGAAGGGGAUCAGUUACGCCUCACUAAGCAGUCCCAAAUCAGGCCUUGGGUUGCUGUAUCUUUCCUGCAGAAGGAACCAGUAUUUUGGAUCUGGCCGGCCUUUAUAGGUGAGAUCAGUCUUACAUGACAGUGAAAGCACACCUCGCAACCGUCCCUAUUUAUGUGGGAAAGUCCCUAUUUUCCACCCAAAUCUCUCUGUCCCAUAUUUUUAUCAUAAUGUCCUUCUUUAGUUGGAGCUUAGUAUUCUUGGUGUGUCUGAAUUAUUGCUGCACAUAAAUAAAUGUUGGGUCUGUGUAAAUAAAAUGCAUUGUUCAUGUUCUACAUUUAGUUUCAUAAUUAGUAUUAGUAAGUCAACAUACAUUUCUCAGCCCUGCCAGUGACCACACCCCCCACAACCAUAAAAUUAAAGUGUCCUUCUUUGUCAAUUUGAAAUGUUGGAAAGUGGUAUAUGUAGGCUUAUCGUAAUUUAUAGAGUUGAAACUGGGACCAGUUGGGUGUAUUACUUAGCUCAGCACCAGGUGGUGCUGUAAAAGUUCAAAAAGGUAAUCCCUCAGUGACAACAACUACUAGCAGGCAUCCAAAUCAUUACUACCCCACAAAAUUUCUCCAGCCCUUAACAGUCCUUCCCGUGCCCAGACAGCCAUGACAUCCGGCAUGAUUCAAGCUGCUUUGAGAUGGCUUCAUCCCUGACGUUGUACGACAAUGACGGAUUUGAUAGGCCCUUUUAUGGAUGUUUGAAUUCUCAAACAUUGAGAUCCUAUCUCUCCAUGGCACCUCUAUGGGUAAAGGCAAGAAAUCCUUCUUAAAGGAGACUAGGCUUGUGGAAAAUCUGCUGAAACAGGACAGAUUAGACACUUUAACUCUUAAUGAAGAGAUUUAGGUGCCAUGCCCCUGUCUUUUUAACUCUGCAGGAGGAAAACAUUGCUGUUUUGGAGGGUUAACAUGCUUCUAGUGGCUAUCUUCCUUACAACCACAAGAGGUGCUUCUACCCCAACAGCAAAGUGAAACUGGGCUAUUCAAUCAGAUGGUCUCAAUAUAUGCUAAAAGUCGCUAGAAGUGUGGUGUUUUGCCUCAAAUGUGAAUUAGGCACCCAAUGUUUCCUUAUAAGGAAACAUUGGAUUGGCUGAGAUCGUCAAUCUUGAUGAUUUCAGCCAAGGGCACAGAGCUUUGACAAAGAGACCAUAUAAGGAUACAAGUAAAUCUUACCUUGGGGCAGACACCUACAAGGGUAAGGGAACACUAUAGUGUCAGCCAUGUUCCUUUAACCCCUUAAAGACAUAUGACGUGUGACAUGUCUUGAUUCCCUUUUUAUUCCAGAAGUUUGGUCCUUAAGAGGUUAAGGCAAAUAGAAUGCCUGUAAUAGAUGACCACAGCUGUUGAUAAUGCACACUUUAUAUGGAUUUAGAGGUUCCAGUACCCCUUCGAUUAUGUGCGUGCAUAGACAUUUUUUAUGUUUUUUAGUGUCAAAUUACAGAGAAGUACCUUUUUUCUCUACAUUCAUAUCUCAGAAGCGAAUAAUUUUUAUUGGUUUUUUUCAAGCAUGUGCAAGUGCAGAGUGUCCAGAGUUGGUAAUUAAGUGAUUAGUUACAGGUUCGGUGAGAACAUGUCAUUAUGCAUGGUUUAAUUAAUUUUCAUACUGGCUCUGGUAACUCUUGUGAAACGUUUUGCUCUUUUUCUAAGUAAGAUGUCUGCCAUGUUGGCUUUGAAUGAUUGCAUAUCCAAUGGUGCCUAUACUCAAUUCAGCCACUAUCUGUGGAUGGUUCCACGGCACCACCUAAACAUCUGCUAUCUGUGACUGACAGAAGUGGGAUUAAACAAGGUCACCUGGUAGUCACAUGCUUUUGUUAUCAUAAUAGAUAAGCAGCUCUGGACCCAAAAGACCUCACCCUUCUGCUUCCUUCUUCUUCAACAGCAGGCAGUCUUUGUGACAAUAAAAAACAAAGAAAAUAGUUACUUUCGCACUCUCUCAAAUCCCUACACACAUUUAUAAUAACUGGAGAUCAUUAGUAUCACUCCAAGGGCCAUUUAGGUGUAAGCUCACCUGCCACAUGAAGGCAAAGUUCUUAGUUGAGUCCUACAUUAACAGUUAAGGGUUAAUAAGAAUGUAGGGGUUUAUAAAAAUACCUCUCUCUGUCUCAAUAGAAAUUUUUUUGCCUGAAGCUGAAGCAAGCAAGGUGAAUUGUUAAUGUAGGACCCACCUAAGAGGUUUUGCCUUGACGUGGCAGGUGGGCUUACACUUUAAUGACCAUUAGAGUGACACUAAAAAACCUCCAGUUGUUUAAAUGUGCGCAGGGAUAUGCGAUAGUGCGCGAGUAAAUAAUUUAUUUGGUUUUUUAUUGUAUGUAUUGGAGCUGAUGUGUACUAUGUUUAUUGAUGCCCCCGAGGAGUAGUGGGAGUUUGAGCGCAGGACUUAUUGUUGUGUAUUAGUCUUUGUGACAGUGCUUUAUGGAAUCUAUUUUCUUUGUCCUGGGAGUGUACACAGGCUUCGAGACAACACAAAAAUGCGAUCAUUAAACAAAAUAAUGCAGCACCACAAAUUAAAACUCUGCAGAAAGUGUAGAAAUCAGUGGUUAGCCUACAUCCUACAAAGGUAGGAUGCAGGGAGGAGUACUUAAAAGGCUGCAACAAACUCAGAUUUUUAUGAGAGAGAGAGGAGUACAUUUAUUUUUAUUUCCGCUUAUACCUUAGUAUGAGUUAAGAAUCUGUUGGUUUUCUAUCUUUAUUGUGCUAAAAAAAAAAAAAAAAAUUUACUACAUGAAUAAAAUGUGAAAUUCAAAUUACUUUCAAAAUAUUUUCGUUUUAUAAUUUUUUUAUACUUCCUUAGCCUUUUAUGCUUUGUCAUUUAGCAUAGUGGUAAAGACAAAAACAAAUGGACUGCGUGAGUCAUUUAGGUACAACGUAGCCAUCUGUGAUGCUACUGUACAUUCCCAGCAAGUACUGACGUUUGCUGUGGGAUGUCACUUUUAGACUUGGCUCAUUAUUACAUUUUGAGCUCUGCAGUGCCCACCUAGAAUGUGGUGUAAAAAUGUGCACAUGAGCUCAAACUGAUUUUUUUGUUUGUUUCAAAUAUGCACACAUGUCUUUUUUUAGGUUUCCUUAACAACAGCCUUCUACUUUACACAUACUGUUUUAGCUGGAAGUGCAGGGUAGGAUCUUCAUGAACCAAUGCCAGCCAUGGAGACCAGUUUGUGAAAUCUAACAUUUUAUGCACGCAAAAAUAAAUGAAUGAGUAAACAAACUUACUUUUGUGGUCGACAAUUCUAGUACUGAUCUAGGAAGAAUUCUAAAUUGAGAUUCAAAAAGAAAUCAAGUGUUGUGUAUCAACAUCUUUUGAUAUUAUAAGAGUCGUCACUGAGUGCCAAGAACAGAUACGGGCUACACAAUAUUUAACGUUAUAUAUGCACAUUGACUGGAAACCCCUGUGUUCUUAUCAUUAUUCUAAUAGUAAUAUCCUUAUAGUCUCACUAACCUGCUUUCUUUGUUCUUUAUUCAUGUGUUCCAGGUACUUAGAGGCUUCAUGACUUUCUGAAUGUGUCAGCCAUGUUAUUAUGUUGGGGUCAGUCUGUGUUCGGCCAACUUGGGAUAGGCCCCAACCCACCACCCAUUGUAUCAGAGCCCUGCAGAUCCAGAUUUCCUCUGGCAGGUUCCAUUAAGGAAGUGGCCUGCGGGGGACACCAUUCUGUAUUCCUAUUGGAGGAUGGCCGGGUGUACAGCUGUGGGUGGAAUGCUGCAGGACAGUUGGGACAGACUGAGGAUGGAGUGCAGCCAGGUAUGUUUGAUCCAUGUGUUAUGCCUAAUAAUUAUGAGCUUGAACCAAUGAACAAUGAGCAUUAUUAUAGCAUGUGUAUACCAAGGUGUGUCUACUUUGUACACAACUACCUUCAGAAGUCAUUGUGCAGUUGGCAUUUAUACAUAGGGCUGAAUGUGUGUGUGUGUGUAUAUAUAUAUAUAUAUAUAUAAAUAUAUAUUAUUUAUGUUUAUCAAGGCACACAGGUGCUAUUCUGUGGCAAAUUGCUAAGUAAGAUGCAAUCACCAUGGAAACUCAUAAAACAUCUUAACAUUUAGAACUUUACCCCCCAAAAAGUCAUCUUUUUUUGCUUUGAUAGAUCUCCCCCAAGGUUUAACAAAUGAAUAGAUGACAUGCAGAUACAGUGAAUAAAUAGGACAAGUGUAGUUUUACAUUAGUGUAUAUUACUAACAAUUUUAGUUUCCAGUAGAAUCCUUUAAUUGUUAGGGAUCAAUUACAAUAGUUAGGUGCCUGAUUCUGCCAAGGAAUGUCCUGCUCAUUUAGUGACAGUAGGUCUUUAUUGAGGUGACGUUGUUUAAAAAAAAAUAAAAAAAUAGAACCGCACUCAAACCACUAGGUGCUUAAACCGAACUGAGGUCAGCACAACCUCCACCCAAUGGAACAAUAACAAAGGUGGUCCAAGCACUCAGUGGCUAUUCAUAAGGCAGAAUAAAUGAAAUAUAACACACAAGCAGCAAUCCUUCGACCUCUAAAGAAAAACUUCCAGAAAUCCUAGUGCUUUUUUUCCACGAGCGUUGAGACUAACGAUUGUAAGUAAUUUAUGUUAAUUGUUUUUACUCUAUAUACUAUUCUUGUACACUGUGGCGUUAGCUUGAUAAAGACCUGCUAGAGGUCAAAAUGUUGCUGCUUGUGUGCUACACUAUAGUCCUGUUCUGAUUUUACUAUGGGAGAUAAAUAGAGCACUUAUGUCACUUCAUCCAUUCCUGCUGAAAGGCACACCUUUACCAUUAACUACAUAGAAAGGGCUGAGGCGAUUAAGGAUGGCGGAAUACCAUUAGAUUGAGAAUGAAGAAGUGAAAUUAAUCCUUGACAAAACGCUUUAAAAUAAUUUUACAAAAAAAUAGAGGGACUACGCCUGUAGCCUAAUUGUUCAAUAACCACCACAAUUAGAAAAUAUGAUGCUUAGAAUACUCUUUAUAGUGGUUCAAUGAGGACUUCUUACAAAUUGCAUGCUUUUCACUGGGUCACCUGUGUGUGGAGUGAAGGGGAGCUUAACUCAAAGAGACUGGCCAGAGCUCAAAAUAUACAUAAAAAUAGGCAAUUGGGAAUGACUGUGUAUUUUUGUAUUAUGUGUGUGUGUGUACUGAAGCCUUCUUGUGUAUUUUGUGUAUACUGAAGUAAUGUCAGCAGUGGCACUAUUAAAGGAACACUAUAGGCAUCUCGAUGAAUUGGUCUGGGAGCUAUGUCCCUGCCUGCUUAAACCCUGCAAUGUAAAAUAUUGCCACUCUGCACCUAAUCUACUAACAGAGUACUACAGCAUUAGGAAUACACAUUUGUUUUUAUAAUGUUCCUUUAAUUAGUAAUGUAUGUUCUGGGAUGCACUACCCAAGCAUGCAUUGGUCCUUAGAAUGAUAUUAGAUGACUUUUGAAAUUCUGUACAGGCAGAGGCAGGGCCGUAUUUCCCCAUAGGCAUACUGUGCACUUGCCCAGUGGCCCCACAGGCCCAGCGUGCCCGACCGAUAGGGGAGUUCCUUUGAUAUCCCCUGCCGGCCCAUGGAGAGCGGGCCCUGUUUUAUGGCCUUGGGCCCUCUCGGGCUGGUGAGGAGAUCUUUUGAUCAGGGCGGGAGGACACGGAGGUGGGGGGGGGGAUCUCGGAAGCAGAUCGCACCUCCCAGCGAGCAGGCUGUGUGGAGCCUUGCCGCAUGUUACCAUGGCAACGCUCCACACAGCAUUCUGCACGCUGGAGGACAGGAGAGCCUGCAGCCAAACGAGCUGCAGGCAUCAUAGAACUUACCACCACCGGCCCUGGCUGCGUCCCCCCCUCCUUCAUCAAAGGUAAGAAGAAAGGAGUGGGGGAUGAAGACUUUGUUAAUGUAUAGGAUUAUUAAAAAAAUAAUAAUUUGCUACAAUGCACCCCUCAAACUCUGCAACAUACAUAAACAGCACACCUCCCCCCCAAACACAGCAGCCUGUGUGCGUGUAUUCAGCAGACUGUGUGCAUGUAUUCAGCAGACUGUGUGCAUGUAUUCAGCAGACUGUCUGUGAGUGUUCUCAGCAGUCUCUCUGUGUGUGUGUAUUUAGCAGUUUGUGUGUGUGUGUGUGUAUUCAGCUGUCUGUGAACUGUAUUCAGCAGUCUGUGUGUAUGUAUGUAUGUAUUGCAUUUGUUGGAGAUAUUAAUAAAUAUAAACUUAAAGGACCACUAUAGGCACCCAGACCACUUCAGCUUAAUGAAGUGGUCUGGGUGCCAGGUCCAGCUAGGUUUAACCCCUUUUUGCAGUAAACAUAGCAGUUUCAGAGAAACUGCUAUGUUUACCUAUGGGUUAAUCCAGCCUCUAAUGGCUGUCUCAUUGACAGCCGCUAGAGGUGCUUCCGCGCUUCUCACUGUGGAAAAAAGGUGAGGGAUUAACCCCUUCCUCCCCCUUCAACGCCACGGGAGUGGGACCCUGAGGGUGGGGGCACCCUCAGGGCACCAUAGUGCCAGAAAAACGAGUGUUUUUCUGGCACUAUAGUGGUCCUUUAAUUAUAUCUAUAAUUUAAAUUUAUAUUCCUUUGAAUUGUGUGUAGACAGGGCCCCAGUGCACUGCUUUGCCCCGGGGGCCCAUAAUGUUUGUAAGAUGGCACUGGGCAGAUGACACUUUCCUACAGUGCCUCUACUGGUAUUGAAGAUUUAGUGAAUUAUUUUGAUAGUUUAUGUCAAGAAUUACUUGCAGUCAGUUCCAUGUGAAUACCUCCCAAAAUAUUGCUAGAAACACAGCUGAAUUGCAGAAUUUUCAGCUUUGGUUAUUCUGGGCUAAAAUGUAAAAUUUCUUUGUCCGUUCUGCAGAAUUCCUGGUUUAAUGAAUGAACCCCUUUGGAGUCCUGAACUCAGUGAAUGUGUUCUGUUAGCCCUUCUAGAUUCACCAACCCAUUAAACAUCUGUUUCUGUAGAUAUAAGGAGGAGGUAGUGAGUAAUAAUCACAGUAUCAUAGAUGCCAAUGUUUUUGGGAUGUUAGUAUUAUUACUUGAUUUGUCACCACUGGAACAGUUGUCACUGUCACUGCCUUUGUGUGUGUUUUGUUUUUUCAGGUCAUGUGACCAGCUUGGGAGAUAAAAAAAUAAUUCACGUAGCAUGUGGGCAAUCGCACAACUUGGCUCUCAGCUGUGAAGGUCAGAUCUUUUCUUGGGGAGCUGGGAAUGAAGGACAGCUGGGUCACUCCUCCACAGAAGCUUCCAUUCCAGUACCAAGGUAUGUACACACCAGACUCACCACACCAGGUUCACAAACAAAGCUGGCGUGAUAUCAUCAGGGAUACAGGGUAAGGUGGAAGGUAUUGCUCACAAGUGUGAUUGACUGAUCUUUCUGUGAUGAGUAGUCCAACACUCAAACAAUUAGGAAAGACUUAAAGAGACACUCCAGACCCCCAGAGCACUUUUAAACAAUUGAAAUAGGCACUUUUAUAAAUUAACCUGGUUACACCCCACUGGCUGUCAAUCAUACAGCAGAUCCUGUUACUUCCUGGUUUGGUUAACUCAGUGGAGCUAAACUCAAGAGGCAGCAAUUGCUCAGAGCACCUGCCUUGCAAAGACUUCUCAUUGAGCUGCAUUGGGAAGUUUGUGAUUGGACAGCUGCAGGAAAUCUGGGCAGGAUUAGAAGGGGAGCGAUUGCAAAGGCAGAACUGCAACUUUUGCAAGCGAUUUUUAGAUAUACCUCAAUGAAAAUAAAUUGUAAUUAAAUGCAGGCAUUUGGGGUAUAUCUACUAAACAGUGAUUUUUAUUUAUUGUGGAUUUGGGUAGUGAAGUGUCCGUUUAAUGUGUUAUAAAGGUAUACUUGGAGGUUUGCCAGAGACACGGGGUGCAGUGUUUAAAUUAUAUUCUGUAUACGCUUAUCUGUAAUCUCAGAACUGGCUACUUUGCAAAUUAAGAAAGUUCCUACAACAUGGAUUGCCUGGCUGGACGUGUCCAAGCUUGAGAACCUGAGAUGAAUCUCUCCUCUAUUGUGAGAUGUGCGUUUCCCCUUGGUGCAGUCUUCUUCCUCUCACUCUACCCUCUACUCCAUCCUACACUCCUGUUUUUCCUUCUCUGCCUCCCUCUCCCUUUGUCCUCUCCCUGCACAGCUUGCCUCCCUUCACUCCCAUCCUAGAUUCCAUUUACCGCCUCCCUAAAUACUGGACACUCAAUGCCGAGAUGUAUUUUCUCUUUAUUGACAAUUAGUUUCUGACUAUGAUUUUACUCAAACAUGGUGCUUUGUAUGUUUCUGCUUCCUUACUUACAUUUGUAAUCCUUUGUCAUGGUACCUUGUUGUAACGGAUCGCCUGGCACCCCGACUGGGUACCUCCGUUGAAGGAUGCUCCUAGCGCUUCCUGAGGACUCCAAGCACUCUGGCAGACACCACAAUCACCGAACCAGAGAAACAAAUAAAUUCUCCCAAGCAUAUGAAUGCUGUAGACAGUUGAAUAGGAACCAUACGAAUAGGCUUACUCUCCUAGCAGUCAAACUGGAACAGCAUACAAUAAAUCCUUCCCCCAAUAAUGAGACUACACUUCACUUUGAGGGUUAAAACAGGAACUCACGGUACUGUCACAUACAGUCUCUUUUAUUCCCAAUCCACAAACAUAGAACAGCCCACAGGGCGUUACAAAACAACCAAUCAAUCCGUACAAUACACCCAGACACUCCCACACAAAAUCCUCCCCUCUGCAUGUGAUAUGAUUACUGAACACAAUGGGUAAUCUCAUUAUCACCGGUAGAGGAAUACAGUUUUUACACAACAUUUAUAACUUCUAAAAUAUACAUGUCACAAACAUAAAACAUACAUUUUCAUAAUCAAUCCAUUCAGGGGAACAAUAUAUUAAAAAAUGGCACGAAUCAGAUCAGGGGUUCAAAAGUUAAGGGAAAGUCCUUUGUGACUAAAUGAAGCAUGGCUUUCCGGCCCAAACCAGUUUCAGAGUCUUCUAUCCUGGAGAUAAUUGAGAGUAAUUCAAUUAUCUCCCAGGACAGACACAAGACUCCAUUAAGCACAUGGUUGCAAAAAGACAUAAAACACUUUAAAAUACAUAAAGUCACCUUUUACACAUAACACACAGACAUUUCACAUAUCCCCAGAUAGCUGGGAUCUGAGCACACAAAACUAUCGAAUAGCGUUCAGAUCCUAUUCACACAGUUCAAUUGCCAUGGAGCCGAAGUCUUUAACUACACGAAUGGGCUCCAUGGCAUAGCUAUCUGGGUUAACACAUUCACAUAAAGUCUGGUCCAUAGUCCAAAGGCAAGAGGCGGGCAAGCAGCCCCCUCCAAAGACACGUGGCGAGGCCGGUUUCGCCACACUUGUCAUUGCAAAAACAUCAAUAAUUAUUGAUUGGCAAUAAAGAAAAAAAACCUUGUACCAUUUUUUCUUGCAGAGCAUAAUUUUUUAUUUUUUUUUAUGUGCACAACUGGAAUAAAUGAAAUAAGUAGCUCAUACCUAAUACUGUGGAUUUGGCAUUGCCUUUAUUUGACAUGUUAGUGUUUUGUUUUCCCCCCACUUUCCACGUUCCAGUGGACCUAUCAGACAUCCUUUUAGUUCAUAUUAGCUUAUGUUGACCAUCUGGAUGAGGCUCUGACUAUGGAAAGUCCAUUUUAAUGGAGCAGUGAUAAUGCAUACCCUACCUGCUUGCACCUAAAGUUGUGUAUUACAGCCUUGGCAAUCCAUGUUGUAAAAGCAUUUGCUUUCUCAUGUGUUGUAGCCUCUUUACAUAUUAUUCCAUCCUUUAAUUACAAAGCAGUAGCAUGUCAUUUGAUGCACAAUUAUCAAGGAGAUGGAGAGAGGGAGACAGAAAAAGCUCUAUAAUUAUUGUUAUGCUUCUACCUUAGUGGAACUUUUUCUUCUCCAGAUGUUCUAAAGAAAAAAAGGGCAUGAACAAAAUAAAAAAGAUGACUAUCGGAAGUAGUGCAUUUCUGGAGUGAAGCUCUAAAGUGGAGCAGCCAGUAGGAACAAUCCUCUGGUUUCCAUAGUGUGUGCUUCUUAUUUGGGGUUUUAAUCUAGAAUGGCUAUGGGUCUGCCUUUGUAAUUAUUAGCCAGAGUAAUUCUGAGUAACAAAAUGUAGUGCAUUUAAAGGGACACUGUAGUCACCAAAACAACUUUAGCUUAAUGAAGCAGUUUGGGUGUAUAGAUCAUGCCUCUGAAGUCUCACUACUCAAUUCACUGUCAUUUAGGAGUAAAAGGACCACUAUAGGCACCCAGACCACUUCAGCUUAAUGAAGUGGUCUGGGUGCCAGGUCCGGAUAGGGUUAACCCCCACCUUUUUUAAUAAACAUAGCAGCUUCAGAGAAACUGCUAUGUUUAUAAAUGGGUUAAUCCAGCCUCCAGUGGCUGUCUCUUGACAGCCGCUAGAGGCGCUUGUGUGCUUCUCACUGUGAAAAUCAGUGAGAAGACGCCAGCGUCCAUAGGAAAGCAUUGUAGAGGAGGAGAGCUCCCCGCCCGGCGCUGGAGAAAGAGGUAAGUUUAACCCUUUCCUCUCCCCAGAGCCCGGUGGGAGGGGGUCCCUGAGGGUGGAAGCAUCCUCAAGGCACUAUAGUGCCAGGAAAACGAGUAUGUUUUCCUGGCACUAUAGUGGUCCUUUAAGUCACUUUUGUUUCUGGUUAUACAGUCCUAUGAUAUUUCACACAGGGCACGUUUUUUGAUCCACACUCAUAGGGAAUCCCCCAAAAUACAUCAGGAUAAAAUAGUAGAAAAAAAAUGCAAAUUUAUUGUAGUAAAAAAAGAAAAUACAUGUGUCAAGAUACUAGAACAGCAGUCCUCAUGUAUGGGUCCAAGCAUGUGAAAAAUAAAUAAAAAUAAAAGUAUAAAAAGUCCAAAACCUGAGCAUGGGAGCACCCGCAGCUGCUGUACAGGGGAGAGACCACCAAGGAAGCCGACCCUAAAGAAAGAUUAGAGAAGCCCUGGACGCGUUUCGCACCAUUCAUGGUGCUUUCUCAACAUGGGCAUUCUAUGGGAUUCCUAAGAUUUAUAAAGGAAGAAGAUGUGCAAAUGGGCUGGUCUAUUGAGACUCACACCCUUAAUUAACUAAUUGAUUGACUAAUUGAUAUGUGAAAUUACAGCUUGCUUGUUGUAGCCAAACCUUUAGAUUUAAUUUCAGUGCAGUUAAUUGCAAUGAUGCAAAAAUUCAAUCAAGUCCUUAGCCCUGAUGGUAGUAUGAAGUGUUGCUACAAUAGCAGAGAUAUUACUGCUUCUCUGCAGCUGAUUAUGUUGGUUUUGCCAAAUGGAGGGACAACCGUGGUUUCCAUGUUUGGCCAGAUAUUUGAGCUGGAGAGUUGUUGUAAUAUUUUGGAUUACAUUUUGCUAAAAUCCCUCUGCUUGCUUGUCAACAUCAACUCACCAUAACUUGGCAUAUACAGCCAUAAUGUGUUUCACAUGGGAGUAUUCCAGCAUCGAGAAGCUAACCCUGUUAUUGUACCUAUUGAACUUCUGUAAGUAUGAUGAAAAACCAGUAUAUCCAUGCUUAUUUAAUUUGGGAGUUGCGGCUACAUGUGUUUCGUGAUUGAGGGAUUUUCUUCAUUUAUUUUUCUGCCUUUUUACUAUGCAGUCUUAGCAAGCUAUUAACAGUGCAGGAGAUUUAAAAAAAAAAUUAAACUGAAUUUGCAAUAAAGGAACUGUAAACAUUAGAUGACUAUUUACAGGAACUGUUAAGGGAGACUGUGUAAGUCACAUGCAGGAAGGUGUGACUUGGGCUGCAUAAACAAAGUGAUUUAACUCCUCAAUGGCAGAGAAUUACGCAGUGACACUGCAGUGACACUGCAUUAUCUAUAUACCAAAACUCCUUCAUUAAGCUAAAGUUGUUUUGGUGACUAUAGUCUACCUUUAAUGCACAUUUAUUUUGUUAUCAGUAGGAUUGUGCUUCUUUCAAGGUUCUGAAUUUAACUUUACUUACUGAAUUAGGAAAGCAAUGCCAGUGCACACAUUGACUUCAUAGUUCUGGGGAUCCUGUGUUAGAUUAUUUUUUGUGGUCCAACCUGGUGUGUACUUUUCUGGGACAAGUUACCAGAUGUCUAGUAGAGUGGUUCUCUAACCAGUCCUUAUGCACCUGCACUUGCAGUUUAGAAAUUUGAGAUUUCUCAGUUAAGUGUUAUUGAGGACAAACAUUCAAGCUGUGACUCCACCAUCUGUAAACCCUAUAAUUACAUCAUUGACUAAGUUCGUCAUUAUGCUAUUUCAAUGUUGUUUCUGUUCUCGCUUGCUCUCCUUUAGAUUUUGAAGUAGCUGAAUUAAUAUGUAACCAUGUUCUAUGUGAGCUAAUGUAAGUUGUCUGAUAUUCCAGGUUAAUCAAAAAAUUAAGUCAGCAUAAAAUUCAUCAAGUUUCCUGUGGAAACCAACAUUGCAUGGCUCUUUCAGACGGUAAGAAAAUCCUGCAAAUAAUAAUCAAUACAUUUCGUUAAACUGUUUAGAAACACGUUUGUAAUUUGUGGAUUCUUCAAGACAUUCUCCAAUACUGGUAGUUCAUUCACAUACAUUGGGGAUAAAACAACUGAAGCAUACUUUGCAUAAAAUAUUAUAUUCCCCUAAUGAAGGGAAACGGUUUAAUUAACUUUGGUCUCAAUUGAAAUGAUUCCAAUUUGUUAGGGAAAAAACAUUUAUAAUUUACAAAAAUUCACCAUUAAAAAUGAGAAAUGAAUCAUUUGUAAUGGUUUUUUUUUUUCUAACACAUUCGAAUCAUAUCAAUUUCUGUAGAUAAAUCAUUAGACUUUUUUUUUUUUUUCCCAACAGGUUUAAAUGGUUUCUGAUACUGAUACAAACAAAUUAAAUUGAGGCCUUUAUCAAUUAAAUAAAUUUCAUGAACUACCCCCAAUUUUUAUUUUUAUUUAUUUUUUUGCAUAUUUAUCUUUCAGUUUACUGUGCCUUUAUUAACUGAAGAUAAUAAAUGCUAAUUUAGCAUUUUCACUCCAAAGACUAGAUUGUCGGUAUAAAAGAUUUGGCAGAUGGCUUCUUCAUUUUCUGUUCAGCAUUGAAUUGCUGUUGAGCAGUCAUGACAGCUGAUUCUCUUAUUCUGAUUUUAUUAUUAAAGCCUUAAAGAGCCCAGGGCACAAGUGACCUAAUGAAGAUUGUCUGUAGAUAUCUCUAAAUUGGAAGAAUAUUUUUACAGACUGGUUUUAUUGGCGUUUAAACAGGAGCUUUGAUGUUUAUUCAUUAAAGAGACACUCCAGAUCCCUAAAGCUUGCUGAAAAGCUUUAUGUGUAAAGAGUGUGUUCCAUUUUUUUUUUAAUUUACAAAAAGUGCAGGUAUCAAUAGAAAUUGGCACUUUUAAAAAUUAACCUGCCUACACCCCCCCAUGAUUUUUAUUUAUUUUGUAUUUGGGUAGUGAAUUGUCUCUUUAAAGGACUACUCUAGGCACCCAGACCACUUCAGCUUAAUGAAGUGGUCUGGGUGCCAGGUCCUUCUAGGGUUAACCCAUUUUUUUAUAAACAUAGCAGUUUCAGAGAAACUGCUAUGUUUAUGAAUGGGUUAAGCCUUCCCCCUAAUCCUCUAGUGGCUGUCUCAUUGACAGCCACUAGAGGCGCUUGCGUGCUUCUCACUGUGAAUUUCACAGUGAGAGCACGCCAGCGUCCAUAGGAAAGCAUUGUAAAUGCUUUCCUAUGCGACGGGCUGAAUGCGCGCGCAUUCAGCCCAGGAGGAGGAACGGAGGAGGAGAGCUCCGCGUCCAGCGCUGGAAAAAGGUAAGUUUAACCCCUUUUCCCCCUUCCAGAGCCGGGCGGGAGGGGGACCCUGAGGGUGGGGGCACGAGUAUGUUUUCCUGGCACUAUAGUGGUCCUUUAAUAUGGAAGUGUGCAUACAGACAAAGAGUGUGCAAUUCAAGUGUCUGGGUGGGGGUUAGAAGGGUAGGUCUUGCAAAGGCUACAGAGAACUGCACGUUUUUGCAAGCUGUAUUUAGUUAUACUUAUAAUAAAAUACAUGUAUGUCUUCCCUGGGGUAUAUCUACUAAAUAGUGUUUUACGUUUUUGUUUGGGCAGUGGACUGUGCAUUCAAAGUGAAUAUCAAAAGUAAGGCCAGAGUAGCUGAACUUAAAGCAUAACAGAUUUAGAGAACUUUUCAAGCUUGGCUAUUUUGACCUUAACAUUUAAUAUUCACCUUAAAUUCUCACUUUAGUGAAUAACUCUGUUAAUUGUAUUGAGUUGAAAAAACUGAGUUUGAAACAUUCGCCAACUCAGCUCUAAUUACAGCUUGCUUGUUGUAGCCAAAGCUUGUAUUUAAUGGAUUUAAUUUCAGUGCUGUUAUUUGCAGUGUUGAAUAAAUUCAAUCAAGUCCUUAGCCCUGAUGGUACUAUGAAGUGUUUCUACAAAAAGGAGAGCUAUAUUAUUGCUACUCUGCAGCUGAAUAUGUUGGUAUUGCCAAAUGGAUGGACAGCCGUGCUUCCAAAAUUUGGCCAGAUAUUUGAAUUGGAGAGUUGUUGUAAUAUUUUGGAUUACAUUUUGCUAAAAUCUCUCAGUUUGCUUGUCAACAUCAACUCACCAUCAACAUCAACUUGGUAUAUACAGCCAUAAUGUGUAUUACACAUAGUUAGUUUUAAAAUGUGUGAUGAAGAAACUACUUUCUUAGGCCCUAUCCUAUACUACGUGCCAAACGUUAUUAAUCACUGACCACUGCAAGCAAUAGCAUACUCACCAGGGGUAAAUUUCUACUUACCAGGGAUGGCUAGUGGGAAGUGUAAAUUCUGAGCCGUGAUAAUUGAGAUUCUUUUAGUAUAUGAGCCAUUGCAUUCCACAGUUUUAGUGCAUGCUUUGCGAUUGAUCCAGUGGCAUGAAAACUGUUUGCUGCUACAGAUUCCGGAUACAACAGUACAAAUCGCUGCAUUGCUAAUUUCUUUGCCACUCCAAGUGCUUUCUGCUGUUUAGAGUUUAUGUAGAAGUACUAAACAAGAAUCUUAAAUUAUCCCAUAUUGUGUGCAGUCAUUCUCUUUUUUGGGGGGGGGACUUGCAGUCCUAAUGGUAACUUGUGCUUCUUCCAGAUGGCCAGUUAUUUACAUGGGGGCAGAACUGCCAUGGACAGCUUGGCCUGGGCAGUGGUUUUGGCUCGCAGUGCAGUGCUCAUCGAGUGAAGUCCCUGGAAGGUAUUCCUCUGGCCCAGAUUGUUGCUGGUGGAUAUCACAGCUUUGCCUUGUCACUCUCUGGGGCAGUGUUUGGAUGGGGAAAGAACAGUGAGGGGCAGCUUGGUCUCAGUGAUGAGAAAGGUAAGUUAUUCAUGGAGGUAUGAAAUCCACAAAAAUUUGAGACUUUUAAAGUAUACUUAAAGGGAUACUAUAGUCACCAGAACAACUAUAGCCUAAUGUUGUUGUUCUGAUGAGUAUAAACAGUCCCUGCAGGCAUUUUCAUGUAAACUCUGACUUUUCAGAGAAAUGACAAUGUUUACAUUGCCCCUGGGGACACCUCCACUGGCCACUCCUCAGAUGGAGGUGCUUCCUGGGGCAGUGUGGCACAGUGUGCAGCACUGUUAUUCAGCGUUUCCACACUCUCCAUGGAGAUGCUGAACUUUCCUAAAUGGUGGUUUUAACACAAUAGGCUCAGGAAUAUGAUUGUGUUCCUGACCCUAUAGUUUUUCAAUUAACACAUUGUUGCAGCCAAUUUGACUGAUUGCUGCUGGGAGUUUUAUCACAUUCCAUUAUUAUGGUGGCUCCGAAGUAUAAAGAAUCAGUAUGGUGGCUGUGUGGGAGCAAGCUUGCAGCAUGGUUUACUGUCAUGCAAUGCAUGGUUGGAAUACACACACCAAUAGCAGAACUAAUAAACAAAGGGUCCUGGUGCAUGAUUUUUUUGGGGCCCCCUAGAGCUCCAGAUAACGAACCACCAUUUUCCAGUAAAAUGUCCGUACUUGCCACAUAACCAGCUCUAUAGUCACAAGACUCUAAGUCCCCAUGUCAAUUCACCCUCUGCCUCCCCAAUUUAGACUGCUACAUUUCCCUAUACAAAAAGAUAAGUCCUGCGCUCACUCCCAUCACUCCUGGGCAACGACCUCAGCAACGACCACAGUACACAUCAGCUCCAAUACAUACAGUAAAAACCAAAGGAAAAAAGUUACCUGCGCUCUCUCCUUAAUCCCUAUGUAUAUUUAAACAAAUGGAAGUCAUUUAGUUACUCCAAUGGCCAUUGGAGGGAAUGCCGGCCGGCCUUUUCUUUGAUACAUUUCCCUGACAACUAACCCUUUCAUGACAUAAAGGACAAAGACACCCUUCAGAGUUUAAAGACAACCUCCAUACAUUUUACAGAUAUAUUGAAUGGUUGAAAUGUUGUUAAACGUCAGUCUCUCUCUCUCUCUCUCUCUCUCUCUCUCUCAUGAAUGCAUGACUGCAGUAUUUGUAUUCAUGAAAAAUAUAGGCAUAUUAAAACCAAACUUUGCAUCUGUCAGAGGGCCACAAAAAAACAGAAAAUUGUACUUUGCUAUGCAGGAAUCUUCACAUUACCUGUUUAUUCUGUAUUCAUACAGUCAGAGGGGGAAUGCUUUUCGAAUAGUUUUAUACUGAACUAGGAGGAUGGGGUGCCUGUCUAGAUAGGGAUUUGUAUUUCUAAUGCUUUAGUGUAACAUUUUAUUGCAGGGCAAAACAAAAUAUUUGCACAAAACUGUUUUACUAAUACUGUAUACAAGUGGUUUACUCACAGUGAUUAGUGAUGAAAUUAAAAAUUUACAUUUUUAUUCCAGCUUGGCUAUCCUUGUCUUUUUUUGCAAUCAACUUACCACAACUUAUUAUUUUGUGAAUCCUCCCUAGAGUAUAGUCAUAGCAGUAACUGACAGCACUAGGCAGCUAUAGAUUAGUGUUGUCCAAGGACAGCCUGGCAAAAAUGUGGGCCCUUGGGCCAUGGACCCCUUCUUCAUGGAUAUAUACAUACACAUGUCAGGGGGGUGGUUUUACGUCUCUAAAUCCCCAAUUAUUCUUCCUUCCCUCUCUAAUUUACUAUUUAUGCCUUUUCACCCCCAUAAUUUCCCCACUUGCACCUCUACAUAUUUCUAACUACCCACACAUUCCUUUUCUACUCCCUAAUUCCCCUUGUACCUCCCCCCAAUCCCUAUCACCCUGUAUCGCCAACUUGUACCUUUCCCCUGGUUCCCUCGUGUUCUCUACUAGUGAUUCUAACCUUAUGCCCUCACACCCAAAUCCACUCACAUUGUGUCCACCAAAAUUGUGCCUCUACCCUUGUGCCCCCUCACUUCUGCCUCUCACCUUGUGAACCCCUGACGCACACAAAUCCUUGCACCUUGUGCCCACCAACCUCAUCUAACUCCCCUUUCCUCAUCAUCCUGCCAGGCCUUCCAGGUGGCAGGUAGGGAUAGCUGUGCUUGUGCGUGGCUGAUUAAAGAUGACAGUGGCCAUGUGCACCUCUAACUAAUGCAGUGAACUUCAUGUUGUGCAGGGCAGACUGCGUGGAGGCCUUAUGGCCAAAUGGUCUGCCUGUGCAUGUUCAUGACAUUUUAACACUGUAAUGAUAUCACAGGCUGUAAUGGUUCCACCAAAGUGAGUGUUUAUCAAUGAGACAGAUCUGCACCCAAGAGCAGUUACACUGUACCUUUAUAAACGGAUCAACACCACAAUGUACACACAUUCUUGGUUACAGGUGACCAGUAAGUUAAGCCGGAAUAGAAAGCAGAGAAAGUAAAUUAUUGAGGUAGAAUAGUGACAUAAUGUAUUUGAACACUCACAUUGAGUUUUGUUAACGUGUGUGUGUGUGUGUGUGUGUGUGUGUGUGUGUGUGUGUGUGAAAUCCCAUGUUGUAGUAAAUCAGCAAGUGUGUACAUUGUUCUGUUACAGAUCACCAUAUUAACAUUAAUAAGUGUUGUUAUAGUUCACAUUACUGAUAUACACUGACAGGCACAGAGAGAGAAGGCAUCUGUAAAAAAAUAAGUUAUACCUGUAUUUAAAAAAACACUAAAGCAUUAGUAAUACAAAAGUGUAUUCCUAACACUAUAGUGCCAUGGUGGGCGUUUAGGACCUCAGCCCCACCUGCCGGGAAUAAAAAAGGUAUUGCUUGAAUUUUUCCCUCACAGCCAAUCCCUAUAGGAAAGUAUUUGGAGGCUAAUGCGCCUGUGUGGCAAAACACCACACUGCGCCAAUCAGAGACCUCUCAGCCCAUGUGAUAGAAAUAGCAUAGAUUUACUAGAGGCUAUUUUAUAACGUGUGUGUGUGUGUGAGGCGAAAGUAACCUCACCACUGGUUCUAAGAGGGGCCUGCUUGCCAGCCUCUUGCCCAAGGACUAUAGCCCAUGUAUUAGACCUUGGUUCAAGACUGUGGAAAGGCUUUGUUCGUGCCUUUUUCCCUGUUAUGGAUCGGUGUAUGGGGCUUAUCGAACAGAUUGUACUUAUUCUGUUUCAGUUACUGAACAGUUAGACCACUCAGAACAGGAGUGUGCAGCCCAUUAACCUUCCUGACUUAUGUUUAACAGCAACAUCCUAAGUAGUUAGCUGGGUGGCCGUCGUUCGUAUAUGCGAACACGUGGUGGCGGCCAUCUUUAGCCACGAACACAUAGAGCGGUGUUUUGUCGUUGAGUGCAUGGAACUAUGAUUGGACACUCCACGGCGCGAACACUGCUGGGACUUUCAUCUCUACAUAUGUUCGUCUGGAUUCGUAUGGAAAGAGCAGCGAUUGGUGAGAGCAAGCUCCUGAACGAGGGACAGAGCCUCAGCAUACUCACGAACCAAUACAUUUUGGUAUUUUGACUGUAUUGAGUAUUCCCGAAAGAGACCAACCGCACAGCCUGAUGUCAUGGAACUUUUUUGGGCAGGAGACUCUCAUGCAGUCGGUCAAAAUAUGACUUCCAUGGAAAUGACUUCCAUGAUUUUUGGAUAUGUUGGUCACCCAGAUCAGGGCUAUCAGGAGAUGUAACUCUUGCGGGGUUUUCAUGGGUUUUAGGGGUACUUUCGGGGUACUGCUGAAAUGUGUGUUAUGUCUGGGGAUAAUUAAGUUAGUACAGUUCCUGAUCCAAUUAUCUCCCAUGCGUAGGGGAGGGACUAUCUUAUUAUGUAUGGGAGUGUCCUGGAUCUGAGAGCCAAUGUAAUUGUGUAUUUGUUUCUACUGUGGUUUACACUCAGGUCCCGGAGGGAGUGCCCCUUGCAUGGGGAUUUACAAAGGCCAGUGUGGCUACCAAUAAACGUGUUCCUGCUUACCCUCAACAUAGUCUCAUCUCAUGUGUGGGGGGAACGGCUGUAUCACACUAGGGAUUGCUAUAUCACUAUACUCCCCUGAGAUUAUAAUCACUUGCUGUUUUAAGAGCAUAUUGCUACACUCUCUUGGAGGAGAGGUCUACCCACUGGAAGCUGGAUCCUGGUCUUGGAUCCAGGGUGGGUGGAGGACAGCAAGACCCCAACCAAGCUGUAACACUGGAAGUGGGGACUACAGUGCUGAUGGUGUCUGGUGCGGUGCUUGUGGUACUAGGUAAGUACUAGGAGGCUGCGAGUGCUCGAGGCACCCAGUCGGGGUGCCAGGCGGUCCGCCACCAAUUGUCUCUAGUGGCUGUAUGAGGGACAGCCACUAGAGGCAUUUUAAAGGGACACUGUAGGCACCUAGACCACUUCAGCUCAUUGAAGUGGUCUGGGUGCAAACUCCCCUCACCCUUAACACCGAGCAUGUAAUUCUUGCAGUUUUUAUAAACUGCAAUAAUUACUUGCUAGUCUACCAGACAGCAUGUGCUUUAGGUCAUUAGGAUUGGGGGCAGAGGGACAUCGGCGCUGGACCCAGGUAAGUGACAGUGACAGAAGGGGUUAUUAACCCCUUCUGCACCACUGGGGGGGGGGGGAGCCUUGAGAGAGGGGGAAGCUCUAGUGCCAGGAAAACGAGUUUGUUUUUUUGUUUUCUUGGCACCAUAGUUUCCCUUUAAACCCUGCAAUGUUAACACUGGCCUUCUGCAGAAUAUAAUGUCCCUUUAGUGUGUGUGUGUGUGUGUGUGUGUGUGUGUAUGUAUGUAUGUAUGUAUAUGUGUGUGUGUAUAUAUGUGUGUGUGUGUGUGUGUAUAUAUAUAUAUAUAUGUAUGUAUGUGUGUGUGUAUAUAUAUAUAUAUAUAUAUAUAUAUAUAUAUAUAUAUAUAUAAAUAUGGAAUAUCAUCUGUAAUAUUUGUUCUUGUAAGUACCAAAAAAGCAUUGAUCGCAUAUGCUUUUAGACAUGUAUAAGAGAAAAUUUGUUUUCAAUUCAUAAUUAUCUGCAUGAAAAAGAAUGCAUAAUGUAAUCUUAUAUAUGUUCAGUAUCCAAGAUGACUAACCCUGGUUCAACCAUUUAAAUGCAUUUUUUUUUGUAGUCAGAGAGUCACCUUGUCAAGUAAAGCCUUUGAGAACACAGAAGGUUGUGUAUAUCAGUUGUGGAGAAGAACACACAGCCAUCCUCACUAAGGUAAUCAGCAGCAAUCUUAACAAGCAACUAAACUUUAAGAGAGCCUCCUUCUUCGUCAAUAGAAGAAAAAAAUAUAUAUAUUUUUUGUAGUUAUUCACUGAUGAAUUGUAAUGAAAUGAAACUAAAAUGGCAAAAUGCAAGCUUAGCUAGGCAAGCAGUGACUAUAGGUAAGUUGGGGUGUUUUUUUUCACAUUGGCCAUUACUGGUUUUAAUAACAAACAUGAGUUGUGCUGUUCAUCAUUUGUCGGCCUGUUAGUUGCAGACCUUUUUUUUUUUUUUUUUUUAUACAACAAUCUUAAAAUUUGCAGAGCAAUCUUAAAAGCUGCUCUGUAAUUUUUUUAGGGACUACUUUUUCUUAACCUGCAGGUAGACAAAAGUUGACAAAGCGUGGAGUUUUAGUCUAGCUUCACGUCCUUUGUCAAUUUUGUCAGUGACUGGUUAGCUUAAUACUAACCUCCCUCCAUCAAUGUGUCACUUCCGGCAGCAUUGUAUAAUUACUUAAUUACAGCUCUUAGUAAGCUGCUGGCAGUCCUUCCAAGGAAUGGCAUAGUCAAAGGUUUCUGGUGGUCACCAUCUAAAACACUACGGCACCAUGAAUGACCGGCACAACCUAAAAUAAGAAGUAGCACUGUUCCAGGGAUCACUAAUUAUCAUUGGGCGAUUGGAGAGAUGCUUAGAUAGGCUUUGCAAAGUGGGAGAUAUUAAAGGCUUCAUCUCAUUUAAGUGGUCUGGGUACAGUGUUCCUGUCAUUUAAAGGGACUCUCCAGUGCCAGGAAAAUAAAUCCAUAAAAACUGCAAUAAUUACACUUGCAGGGAUAAGGGUGAUGGGAGUUGGCACACCCAGACCACUCCAAUGGAAGUGGUCUGGGUGCCUGGAGUGUCCCUUUAACUCUGCGGUGUAAAAUUUUUUAAAACUGCAAUGUUUAUAUUAGCGAGUUUAGUCCACCUCUAGUGAAUGACUUCCUGACAGCUAUUAGAGGUGUUUCAUUCUCCUGAUCCAGUAAAACCCUGUAUGGGAAUUAAAUGCUGCUGGUAGCAGAAAUUGAUUGGAUAAAUGCAUCAUUUGGGGACAUAUGCAUAUUUUCCAUGUAAAGCAAUGGAUUAGAGGAUAUCACUGGUGCUAAAGGCUGCAAGAGAGGUGUUCAGAAUCUGGAAACAAGGUAAGUAUUCUCUUUUAAGUUUUUAUUUUAGCAGCAAAGGGGGGUGGACAGAAGGGAAUCUAUUGUUCCUAACAAACGAUUGAUAUUUCUGGGACUGUAGGUUCCCUUUAAGAAAGUAUAUUUUUUGGAGCUUUACAUUAGCUAACGAUCUUGAAGCACAAUGUGUAAAUGUACGUGUCAAAGUCUGAAUUCACUUUGAAUUUUUACUUAGUAAAUAACCCUGUUUGUCUUUUGCUUGUUUUCUGUACAGUCUGGGGGCCUUUUCACAUUUGGAGCUGGGGGCUGUGGUCAACUUGGACAUGACAGUCUUCAUAACGAAAUAAAUCCCAGGCGUGUGAUGGAGUUAAUGGGCAGUGAAGUGACUCAGAUUGCUUGCGGCAGGUAAGCUAAUCACAGAAUGACUAAAAUCUGCUUUCAAUAUGAAGUCCAUGGGCCCAACAUUUAAAUACUCUCCUACAAAAUUAUAUAUAUUUUUUUUCUCUGAGACUGCGGCGGAGAACUAACCCUUUUGAAGUAAUUUUUACCUUGUGUGGUUUAUUUUUUACAUUCUAAAGUUCUUACUCUGUUUGCUUUUUUUAUGUGUACAAUGCUCAUUUUGUUUCGAGUUUCAAAAUUAUAUACCUUUCCUACAUCACAGAGUUAACUGGUUAAAAUGCAUCUUGAAUGGUUUGACUACUUAAAGUGGGAAAGCGACAGGGCACUUCUGGCACCAUAAUCACUGCGUUGGACUCUAGUGGUUAUGGUGCUUAAAAUAUUCAUUUAAAGGAACACAAGAGUCAGGAGCACAAAUUCUAUUUCGCUCCCCUGGCCCUCUUUUGCCCCCCUUAAAUAUAUUAAUAACUCACCUUAAUUCCAUCAUUGCAUGGGUCCCCCGGCGCUGGCUCCUCCCCAGAUCCACCUCCUUGGCUGACCUCAUUAGAAUUGGCCUAUUUCCUAUUAAGCUAUAGUCGUUCUGGUGACUAUAGUGUCCCUUUAAUGUCUUAGCAUGUAAUUUUUUAUUUUUUAUUUUUUUGUGCAUAGAACAUGUAUGCUCUGUCUACUAUUUAAUCUGUGCAUAAAACAUGCCAAUAUUAUUCAAUUUUUCACAUCUCCAGACAGCACACCAUUGCUUAUGUGCCUUCUUCAGGAUUCCUCUAUGCAUUUGGCAGUGGAGAUCUGGGUCAGCUCGGUACUGGGCAAACCCGUAAUGUGAAUUGCCCUACCAUAGUGAAAGGGAAAUGGGCUGCACACCGACGACAGAUUCCUGCUUCAGCCGGUCAGUAUAUUUAUUAUUGCAUAGAAUUUGUUUUUUUCAUAAUAGCCAUAUAUAUAAAUACUAAAGUAAACACACUGUGCUGUAGAAUGAAACCUUCAUUCGUGGAUGCUUCAUUCAUAUAGUGCAAGGUUAAAGCAAUUGUGCUAAAAAAAAUCUGCUGUUUAAAACAGUUUAACUUACUGAAUUAAGUAAAAUUAAACUACAUGCUUAAAAGUUGUUGUUUUUUUUUCCCCAUUAUUUUUUUUUUAUUUCUUUUUGCACAUUUUCAUAACAACUUCUCAUGUGCAGUGUGUAACACAAAUGGUUUACUUUAUCAUUUCCCAACAUACUUUUAGCCAUGGGCACCUUCCUUUUUUCUCUUCUAAUAGAGCACAUUAAACACCACAUAAAUAGCCCAUAAACAAAUAUCUAAAAGGAAUAGUGUGCUGCUAUAUUGCUCCAAAUGUGCCGUGGGCCAGAACAUUUUGAAAAUGAAAAUGUGUAAAAUUGAGAGAGCAAAAGUAUGUGCUGCACGGAGAAAUUAUUUAUUUUUUUUAUUUUUUUUAUUUUUUUUUGUACACAAGCACACAUUUUGUGAACAAACAUAUAAAAAGUGUAAUAAAAAAUAAAAUGACUGCAUGGAACGUACUGAUAUACCAUUGAAAGUCUUAAAAUAACCAAAUAAGUAUAUGGAAUAUUUUCAGGUGGUAGACUUCAAAUUUGUCCACAAUGAGGAACUGGACCCAAUAAAGGCCUCAUUUUAAUAUUUUUGGAUAAACUUUUGAAAUUUAUUUAACAUUGAUUAAGAAAAAAUAUUUAGAUGGGUUUUUUUUUGUGGGUAUAUUGAUACAUUUUUAAAUAUGCUAUAUUUUCGAUAUAUUAAUAUUUAAAAAAUAUAUAUUUUUUGAAAGUUUAUGCAGAUAUAUUAAACAAAUUGAAACUCUUAUCCAAAAAUAUUAAAUUGAGACCAAAGUUUGUAAACUGUAACUCACUUGUUACUUUAAAAUAUGAGACACAAUUAUGCGCAUGCGGCAUUGCUGUAAUGAAGUUAUGCUAAUGAUCUCAAACUGUGAGAUUUGUCAUAGCUGCUCUUGUUUACAAAUCAAAUUGUUUGAUACAUACAUGUCUUCUUUUGUAAUGUAUGUGUAACAUGAAUUGCAUUUCUAUAUGGUCUCUAGGACACAUUUGAAAUCCGAGGAAAUCUCAUUGUAUUUUCAUGAUAAAAUAUUUUACAAAUAAAUAUGUCAGGAGGACACUGCCUUUGCCAACAUAUAUGCGUGGGUGCCCUCUGAUAAUGAGCUGGACAAACACAGCAAAAGUGCCAACUAUUGCUGUAGUCCGUACAAAUAAUCCUGGUUGUUAUGGGGUUAAUAUUUAUCUAGGCUUUCUACCUGCUGAGUGCAUUCUGUAUCUUCCAUGUCCUUGAGCAAUGACUAGUGCUAUGAUUUCUGGUUGGGAUUGGUAGCACAAAGCAUUUGUUCAGACCAGAUAUGUUGUGGGAGUAGAUUAUCCUCAUUAAAAUGUGCACGUUUAGCUCAGUGCUGCCCACAAAGCUUCUGGUUUUCUUAGAGUCUGUACCCGUGGCCAUUUUGCACUCUUUCAGGUUUGCUGUGUCUGUCAUGCAUUUAUUUCAUAAUUCGAAUUCACACAAAAAUCAUGCAAUUGUUUAAAGGGAACAUUCGCUAAAUUGGGAGGAAAUACAAUUUCUAGAACUUGUUGUUGUGAUUUUAUCCACUGUACUUCUUUAAAAUGAAGUCCAUUUAUAUCAUUUUGAGUGUUCGAUAAUCUGUUUAAAUGUCAGUAUUUGAUAUAGUGUGUGAACAUUCUUGGACUGACAAAAAUGUAGAGAUGGCUAACAGUGCCAAGUGAAGCACUACAAAAAUGGAAUUAAUACAACAAUCAAUUCACUUGACCGCCCGUGAUUUAUGGUUAAUUGACUAUGGAUGUACAGAUUUUUGGUCAAAAUAUCUAAACUGGGCACAGUCUAUAUAACAUGGCAAUGUGACAGAUUUUGUUUCCCAUGUGGCUAUUUUUAUGCAGCCCGAGUCUCCGCUUCCCUGGCUGAGACUCACACAGCCUCCAUGAAUGAAGGUUUCAUUUUACAGCACAGUGUGUUUACUUUAGUAGUUCUUACCCUGUAGUUUAGAAGUUCUUUUCUCAUGCUUUAUUAAUUGAACUUUAAUCACACAUGAGCCAGCUGCAGGCUUUACCAGGCAAAUCACAGAGUAGGAGAUAAAAAAACUGUCACGGUUAGUAACCCAAAUACAGAGAGUAUGAAUCCAGAAAGGUAAGACAGGUGCAAGAUUGUGUUGCCGGUCCUUAGAGGUGGCUGGGCUUCACGAAAGACAGAGAAAUAGAUAAACUAUCCAAGAUCAAGGGAUUCCAGAAAGGUCAGUGAGAAAACUAAGCCGGAUCAAGAUUAUCAGAGGUCAGAAUAGACAAAUGGACAGGAAAGAAUCAUUAUAAAGGACACUAGCAACAUACUAAAGGGAUCAAGAAACCACAAUAGGGCAAGGAACAAUGGAUUUGGUGUUUAUACUAUUUAGUAUAGCCAUGCCCCCAAAAUGUAAGGGGGGCGGGAGGGUUUGAGAAUGAUGCAGACCUGGGAGAGCAGGGUGCAGUGUGUGGUCACUUCAUCAUUAGAGGAGGCAGAUAGAAGGAGGGACUUGUGUUGCCAAAUCAGCGCACCACAUGAUCGGCUAAGGGUUGAAUAUGUGUGCUGGGGUUCUGACAAAUACAUUGUGCAAUGAGGGAAGUUUGAAAAUUAGACCUCUUUUUCAGGAGUUGUGUAGGUGUUCUGCAUGAGUCAGAAUUUAGAAAGGUGCGACUAGGGGUGCAUAAACAACGUGAUUUAAACCCUAAAUAUCAAAAAAUUGAGCAGUCAAUGUAUUGUUCCAGAGGGUAGGCAUCAUUUUUAAGUGCUUGCACUAAUUCCUCAUAGGGAUCAUUGAUUUAGCUUUUAGAUUGCCAUGUCACCUCUUGGAUGUGUCACACAGAUGAUUCAUUACCCUGAUCCACUAAGCUGUGGUAUCACUCCAACAUCCGGAAAAAAAAGGCAAAUAGAUGUGUCCUUGAUUUUUGAGGAAUUCACAGUUCGUGUCUAAUUUGGUCACUAUGUAAAUACAAUUAUGUUUAAAAACAAACUGUGCUUGAAAUUAUUAUAAGGCAAGUUUUAUAACUCAUCCAUUUUACUCCAGCUGUAGGGUUUUAUCCUUAUGAAUAUAGCCACAAAGUCAUUGUUCAUAAAAUACUUCUAAUUGCAUAUUGGUUUUCUCUCUGCUAGAUCCCACUUCAUAUAACAUCAAGCAGAUAUUCUCUGGAUGGAAUAAAGCAUUUGUUCUCUGUUCAAAGUUAGAGGUAAGCCAUGGAGUCUUGUAAACUGUAUCAACACAACCGAUUAGUAACAAAGUAAGGACUGAAAUUUACUUUCUCAAAGGAGAGUAAGUUAGGAAACAGAAGUUUUUCACUAGAGAUGAAUAUCCAUGUUUUUGUUUUUGUUUGUUUUUUAAACAUAGAACAUUCAUUUGUCACUCUGGGAAUUUGAGUAAUGCUACCAGGGGGUUUUCAGUAGUAUUCACUGAAAGUAACUUGAGCUCAGUAAAGUUGGUAAAAGGUUUAAACAACAUAUUCUUCUGUUCUGUCAUAUUCUGAAAAAUCCCAUCCUGCUACUUGCACUAAAGUAGAUUGGUCAGGUUUUUCUUUUUCAAAAUGUGUCCCAUUUUAAAGUUGGUCUUUGUAAAUGUAGUUACUAUUUAAAACCAUGGGAUUCAGCCCUUGUAGUGGGUGUCAGAAUGUUUAACAGUAUUCCCCUGGCUUAUAACCUGAUUUAAGUAAGCCAACAGUCAAGUUACAUUUAAAAUAUAUUGAGAGAGAGAGAGCUUGGAGGGACACUGUAAGCUCCACAACCCACAAUUCACUAUCCUAGUCCUUUAAGGACAGUUUAGAGUGGAGUGAGCAGGUACCAUAGCUGUGAUUGUCCCACAUAGACAGCCUGGUUGCUAGGCAUUGUUCUAAGAAUGCUGUAUAUGGGCCGCUCAGUUAUGGCUCUCACACCCGUUGGUCCACCAAAUUGACGUGGAAGGAAGCGGUUGCUGGGAUGUACCAUCAUAUUCAGCUGAAGGGGAGCAGGAAGGGAGACUGCUCAGGGCUAGUCCUAGUUAGUGUGAGUAUUCACAGUAUCUCUGUUACCCCCAGUCUACAGAGCUAACACACUUUCACUCGCUGUUUACAUUGAGGUGAGAUGGAACGACGUCUGCAUUAUCUGGUGGAUUCUGGUGUAAUAUUUCCUUUUUGACUGAUGUUUCUUUUUCAGAACGUCUGGCCUACUGUUGACUUUCGUUCCUGCACAAAUAGAAGUGACAUCAAUCUGAUUAAUGCAGAGACCAUUGAUGUGUGGAGGCAAAAAGUAAUGGACCAUAGUAACUCCAAUUCUAUCAAGUAUGUUACUUUAAUCAAUUGAUAUCCUGUGUAUAACAUAAUGACGUGGUGCUGUUACUAGGCCUGCUCAUUUGUCAAAUACUGGGCAAUGUAAAAUAUGAGGAGAUUUCAUUUUAAGCAAAACAUCUUUCUUGGUGUAUAAACUAUUUCAAUAUUAAAUUUCAUUUUCUGUCUGUUAACAAUAUAACUGCUCACAACUGUUCUGUGCAGUAGGCAAGGUGGAAAUGCAGCGGUGUAGCCCAUACUCUGUAUAAGCCAUGUUGCUUGGCUUGCACCUAACAUAUCCAUUAGAUGAGCCAAUUGGCAUGCAUAUUGCAAGAAAAACUGCUUUGUUUAAAAUAAACUGUGAUAAUAACUACGUAUUUGUGCGAUCACUUAUGGGAAUGCUAAUCUCCCUUUUCUCUUUUCCUCUUUUUGCCUGUUGUGUCUUCAAGUUGCAUUGUGCAAACCUUGUCGUCCUCUGCAUGCUGGAAUGGGAGCUUUCUGGAUAAGAGGUUGGUAUUGUCUUAUCAUGUGACAGCCCACCAUCCAUCCAUCCAUCCAUCCAUCACUUCUUUAAAUCACAACACCUCCCUGACUUGCUCUUUUCAUAAAUCGUUUUUUUUUUUUUUAACAGAUGCUACGAGGUAUGCUGAAUGUUUUAAUAGUUGGUCAAAUCUCGUUUAUAGUUACAUAGAAAAUAAAUGUAUGUGCACAGUUAACUAAAAAAAUUAUAAUAUGACAAUAUAUUUGUCUUCUAUUUAAGAUAUUCCUACAUAAAUCGAGGAAAGUGAAAGAAUGAGAAUGAGUGAUAGGUGUAGGCUGACUGGCUGUAGCUUCUUGAGGAUGCUGGAAGAAAAUAAAAAACACCUGACAAACUCAUCUAGAUCAACAAAUGAAAUGCAUAUUUGGGUAACUGGGUCCGGUACUAUGUAAAUGGACUUGAGCUUGACUUGCAGAACAUGGCUGUCUGUCAAAAAUAAUUCCAAUGAGUUAAUGUCUAUAACAGGAGUAGGCAGCCUUAGGCACUCCAGAUGUGGGCUACAUCUCCCAUGAUGCUCUUUCAGGGGAUUUGGUUUGGAACUGGAAUUCACUUCACUGGUGACAUUCACAUAAAAGGGGCAUGUUGCAGCAAAUGUGUGCCUGGAUGAGAGACAGUACACGCAGCUGCAGAACUUCCCGUGUGCAGAGAGCUGCUGGUUUACACAGCACUUGCUCUAAACAUCAAAUCCUGAACUGAAAACUGUAAUUGUGACUGUGCUGUCAAAUGAAGGGCAGUUGACAGGUAUUCAAUAAGGCUCAUUUAUAAGAUAUUUUUCCAUAUGCUUAGGCAAUUUUUAUGUUUUUCCAAUGUUUGUAGAAAUGAUGACCAUUUUAAAACAAGCGCAAAAAUACCUGGAAUCAACAUGUGCUCCGUGAAACUUUUGUUUGAGAAGCUCCUGAACUCUCAUCAGUCCCGACUGCUUGAGCAGGUAAAGCAUAUCCAGUGGUGUGGGUCAAUUAAUAGACUAUUUACAGUAUUUUAAUCAUUUUCUAAAUAAGGGGAAAAGGGCAAAAGUUGUUUUUUGUUUUUGUUUUUAAAGGAAGGAAAGAUUAUAAAUGACAGGUCACUAGAGAAAAGUGAAUGAAGUCAAUGCAAAACAGAGGCUUAAAAGUGUCUCAAACUUUUUCUGCAGUGAGUUUUACAUAUACUGCUUGUUUAAAAUGUUGGGAGUCUGAAUCAUUAGCUAGACCAGGGGUAGUCAACCAGGUCCCUACCGCCCACUAGCUGAAGGUUUGGGAUUUCAGGUGGGCGGUGGUGGGUUCUGCAGAAAACGCCCAGUGGGCCUCGUUGGCCGUGGAGCAAGGCCAGCAGGGGAGAUCCUUUCAUCUCCCCUGCCAGCCUAUGCAGAGCCAGCCUUGCUGUAAGCCCUUUUGAGCUUGCGAGGAGAUCAAAGAUCUCCCUCACCGGCCUGCUGGCACUUAGUUCCAGGAGAGGGAGGGUAGGGCCUGGGAUGCUCUGUGUUCCUCCAGCGAGCAGGCUGGUCGGAGCGUUGCUGGAUGUUACCAUGGCUCCGAUACAGUGUUGCUCUCGCACAGGAGAGACAGGAGAGAGGACAGGAGAGUCCGUUGCAGGAACUGCAGGCUAAAGUGAACAUGCCAUCACUGGACCGCCAGGGCUUGCAGAAUUAUGUCCCCCCACUCUGGUAAAAAGAUAAGACAAGAUAGAUUUUCACAUCUCACCCACCUACACACAGCAAAGACCCCAUGGCGUUUUCUGCAAAGACCCCAUGCACCCCUCACACAACUACCCUGGCUCACACACAAACACUGCACCCUCACACACAGACUGCCCCCUCCCAUAGACUACACCCCUCCAACACACAAAGACUGCCCCCUCACACCGACCACCCCCCUCACACACGCACACCAACCCUCACACAUUCACUGCCCCCUUACAUACACCACACACACACUGCACCCUUCACACACACUAUACCUCUCUUACACACACACACACACACACAUAGAAAAAAAAAGUAAUAUAAAUCCCUCCUUUCUAAAAAAAAAAAAUUAAAAAAUUGCACUUGCGCUAUAAAAUUAGUUGCUGCAGCACUGGUGGGUGGUAAGGAAAUUUUACCAUCAACAAAGAUACAAAAGUGGGCGGUAGGUAUUAAAAGGUUGACUACUGCUGAGCUAGACACUCGAAAUCUUUGCGAAAGAAGGCAAAUUCAAAGCAAUAUCCCACUGUGCCUCAAAAGGAAAAGAAAAUCCUUGACACAAUAUUGGCUACUUGGAUUGGCAAGCUGUUACCAGACAUACUAAUCAUUUUAACAUUCAUUAAAAUGGUAUUUGUUUUGGUGACUAGUGUCCCUUUAAGUCCCAAUGGAUUAUUAUUUUCUUAUUAAAUCCUGCAAAUAAACAGGCUACUAUAGAUAUGUGUGUACUGAUCCUGGGCAGAUUUUUAUGAUGCUAUCAUAUCUUCUCAGAGAGGCCUUUUUUUCUAAUGUAAACACGUUCACAAGUUUUCUAGCCUUUCUUUAUAAUUAAAUCUUCCAUUCCCCUUAUUGUAGCAUUUAAAAUCUGUGCCCUGAACUGUGCUGCGUAUUCAAUGUGGCAUCAUAUCAUUGAUUUAUAAAGAGGCAAAGUAGUUUAGUAAUGUUGAUAUUUGUUCAUAUAAAAAUUGAAGGUAACCAAUAUUAUUUUAGUAUUCCUUAGUGUUUAAUCUUUUAAGGUUGACACAUUGGCAGGUAAACUUGCAAGACAGUCCUAAAGAUAUGCUGUUUUUGUAAUUCCUUUACUGUACGGUGUGGGUCUAAAUCAGAGUACCUCGAACACUGCACCCACUUUCCACACUCGAGUAUCUGCAUUUUGAGAAUAAGCUUACAGCAUAUCUUUCACACUUCUUUCAACCUGAUAGACCAGGACAUAUUUUGACUGUUGCAUUACCAUUAAUAUUUUUUCUCUUAGAUUAUUAAAGGUUUUGAAAGCUUUCUGAUACCACAACUACCCAGCUCUCCACCUGAUGUGGAAGCAAUGAGGAUCUACCUCAUUCUCCCAGAAUUUCCUUUGCUUCAGGAUUCCAAAUAUUACAUCACGCUAACACUUCCAUUAGCCAUGGCGAUCUUGCGACUCGAUGCCAACCCAAGCAAAGUUCUGGGUGAGAUCACAAUAAAAGAAAUUGUCACGAUGGAACUUUAUAGACAUCAUAGUUUCAUCUACAUAUUGUGCAGAUAUAAACUGUAUUAUUGUUGACAAGUUAAGCUUUUUAAUCACAGCAGUAAACACUGGUGGCCCAAUACAGAAUACUGAGUAUCUUCUAAAUCUGUUAAUUUUGCUAACACAAUGUAAAGUAUAAAUUGUAAAAUUUAAUGGAGUACAUUUCAUCCACUCAUUUAUGGACGAUGUAUCCAUUUUAUUGAUAUUUCUAAAUGUACCAUUUAUAUGUAGCUCCUAAAUAAUUCAAGCUUAUCACAUCACACUAUUUUAGAUAUGGUGCCAGUUGAACCUUGGCGCUGUCUGGCACUAUGCUGUCAGACAAUUUGUGAACACUUUGACACAAACGUUGCUGUGUUAGCUGGUGGCUGUCAACCAAUGAAUACUGAUUAAACCUGAUGUAAGUUGAUAUGAUAAUGCGGAAAAUUUUACUUCUGCUGUCUCAGGCAACUUCUCAUCAGGGGAACCACUCGUGCCCUACACAGCAAGUUGAGUGUCAAUCGGUUUAUAAACAUUUCAAUGUAUUACAGCCAGAUGAUGCUAGGAGACUUCUUGCACCACAACCAUUACAGCAAUCAGCUAUGGUUAUUGUGCCUUUAGUGUCCCUUUUAAAUUGUGUCCUCUCAUUCACAGAUUAUUACAGUAUAUAAAACCAUAUUGAAACACAGACUUUUAGAGCACAAGAUCACAUUUUGUUAUGUUGUUAAUAGAGGCAGAUGAUUGCAUAGUCCUUAUAUACAAGGUGGAUGGCAGUCUUUCUCAACCUUAUACGGAGAAGAACCCCUGAAGGUCUAAAUAAAUUCCUACAUUCCUUUGCCUUGAAAAAGCAAUUUCUAUUGAUUUUUAAAUUCCAAAUAAAAUGUGUAGAUUAAAUUAAUUCCAUAUUGGAGAACAAGCCUGAUUAACCCCUUAACCCCUUAAGGACGGAGCCAAAUGUACACGUUGUGAACGAAACAAAAUGUAAACACAACCUGGCAUUUGCGCUACAUGUCUGUCCAACCGUAAUUCAACUCUUUCAUAGUAAAUGCACUCACCCUUAUUAUAUAUCAUUUUAUUCAGGGGAAACAGGGCUUUCAUUUAAUUUCAAAUAUUUAGCUAUGAAACAUAAUUUAAUAUGAAAAAAAUGGGAGAAAAUAAGAUUUCUCUUGAUUUUUUUAUUUUUUUUAGUUCUACAUGACAUUUUAACUGUCAAUGUCAUAAUACUGUUUGCUUUUACUGCAAUAAAAUACACAUAUUUGUAUUCAGCAAAGUCUCACGUGUAAAACAGUACCCCCUAUGUACAGGUUUUAUGGUGUUUUGUUAAGUUACAGGGUCAAAUAUAGCACGUUACAUUUGAAAUUGAAAUUCGCCAGAUUGGUUACGUUGCCUUUGGGACUUUAUAGUAGCCCAUGAAUAAAAUUUACACCCACAAUGGCAUACCAUUUGCAAUAGUAGACAACCCAAGGUAUUGCAAAUUGGGUAUGUCCAGUCUUUUUUAGUAGCCAUUUGGUCACAAACACUGGCCAAAGCUAGCGUUAGUAUUUGUUUGUGUGAAAAUGCAAAAACCGCCAAUUUUGGCCAGUGUUUGUGACUAAGUGGCUACUAAAAAAGACUGGACAUACCCCGUUUGCAAUACCUUGGGUUGUCUACUAUUGCAAAUGGUAUGCCAUCAUAGGGGUAAUUUUCAUUCUUGGGCUACUAUAGGGUCUCAAAGGCAACCUAACCAAUCUGGCAAAUUUUAAUGUGAAAAAAAUGAAACACAAGCCUUAUAUUUGACGCUGUAACUUUUGAAAACACCAUAAAACCUGUACAUGAGGGGUACUGUUGUACUCGGGAGACUUCACUGAACACAAAUAUUUGUGUUUCAAAAUAGUAAAAAGUAUCACAGCAAUAAUAUCGUCCGUGUAAGUGCUGUUUGUGCAUGAAAAAUGCAAAAAACUUCACUUUUACUGGCGAUAUCAUCGUUGUAAUACAUUUUACUGUUUUGAAACACUAAUAUUUGUAUAUGUAUGUGAAUCUAUAUGUGUGUGUGUGUGUAUAUAUAUAUAUAUAUAUAUAUAUAUAUAUAAUUUUUUAAAAAUAUUUUUAUUUAUGUGUGUGUGUAUAUAUAUGUGUGUGUGUGUGUGUGUGUGUGUGUGUAUAUAUAUAUAUAUAUAUAUAUAUAUAUGUGUAUAUAUAUUUAUGUAUGUAGAUAUAUAUUUCGUUCUACGUGUAUUUUGAUAUAAAUAUAUAUAUAUUAAUAUCACAAUACAGUUAGAAUUAAAUAACACACAUUUAUAUAUUUUUUUAUUUUAUUUUUUAACGUAUUUACAUAUUUAAUUUUUUUAUAUUAUAUAUAAAUAUAUAUAUUUAAUCAGUAUCAGUCUACGUGUAAUUUGAUAUUAAUAUAUAUAUAUAUAUAUAUAUUAAUAGUAAAAUACACCUAGACAGUGUAUGUGUGUGUAUGUAUAUGUGUGUAUAUAUACUUAGAUCAUAUCUAAGUAUAUAUAUAUAUAUUUUUUUAAACUUUACUUUUUAAUUAAUUUUAUUUUAAUUUAAUUUCCAGCCAGCAGGGGGACCACCUGUCAUUACAGGCAGCCCCCCUGCUGGCAAUGCAGGAGGCAGCUACCCCCGGCCAUGUGAUUGUGGGGUCCUCGCAAGGACCUCACUCUCACAUGGCCGGGGGGCACCGGAGGAAGAGGAUCUACCGCGGGGGGGCUCCCUGGGAGUCCCCCCCCCCCCACCGCGAUCGCCGGCGGUCCCACUGGUUAUGUUGCCUUUAAGACCAAAUAGUAGCCCAGGAAUGAAAAUCAUCCCCAUGAUGGCAUACCAUUUUCAAAAGUAGACAACCCAGGGUAUUGCAAAUGGGGUUUGUCCAGUCUUUUCUAGUAGCCACUUAGUUAGAAACACUGGCCAAAGUUAGGAUUCAUAUUUGUUUGUGUGUGAAAAAUGCAAAAAACUAAAUUGAAUGCUAAUUUUGGCCAGUGGUUGUGACUAAGUGGCUACUAAAAAAGACUGGACAUACCCCAUUUGCAAUACUCUGGGUUGUCUACUUUUGCAAAUGGUAUGCCAUCAUGGGGGUAAUUCUCAUUCCUGGGCUACCAUACGGUCUCAAAAUCAACAUAACCAAUCGGGCAAAUUUCAAUGUGGAAAAAAAAGGAAACUAAAGCCUUGUAUUUGACUCAGUAACUUUUAAAAACACUAUAAAACCUGUACAUGGGGGGUACUGUUAUACUUGGGAGACUAAGCCAAACACAAAUAUUAGUGUUUCAAAACAGAAAAAAAACAUAUCACAACAAUUAUAUCGUCAGUGGAAAUACCGUUUGUGUGUGAAAAGUGCAAAGAAAAAUGCAUUUUUACUGACGAUAUCAUCGUUGUGAUAUGUUCUACUAUUUUUAAACACUAGUAUUGUGUUCAGCUACGUCUCCUGAGUAAAACAGUACCCCCAUGUACAGGUUUUAUGGUUUCCUAGAAAGUUACAGGGUUAAAUACAGGGCCAAAUUCUCUGGACUUUCUGCUUGGGCUGUCAGGCCGGUCCGUCAGAUUGUAAUUAAUAAAAAUGACUUGAUUAUGUAAAAAUAUUAUAUAAAUAUAUUUGUAGAAUUUAAAUAUAUAUAUAUGUGUGUGUGUGUAUAAUAUUUCUCAAAUGUGUGUGGAGAGAGAGAGCGAUAGAUAGAUAGAUAUAUGUAUUUAUGUAGAAAAUGUGUUCAACUGUGUGGUAUAGAAAACCAACCCCUCUUAAAGUGGUGGAACGCUGGAAAUGAAAUAACUCACCCCCCCAGGAGCUGAUAUAAAACCUGAGGGGGAAAUGAGCAAAUAUGGUGUAGUAUAUCAAAAUUGAUCAGAUAGGAUAAUUCAAUAAUUGGGUUCGCUCACAUUGUUCUGAGCCUCGUUAGGACAGGCUCAGAUCACUCUGGCAGGCUUGUAUUAGGGGUCACGAACCCUCUAGAUGAUAUGUCUUGAUGUUCCUUCUAACGAAAUAAUAAAAACCAGUAUCUGGUGUAGCAUGUUGACAAAAAUUGAUUUGUGGAACAUAUAAGUAAAAGACACUCACCUGAUUUAGAGCCUGUAAACUUGGCUCUAAGUGUGACAGCUUGAGUGUCAAAAUAGGGGACACAAACCCUUCUUUGGUUGCUGGAACAACUGGAUAUGGAGCCCACAGAAAAAGUAUGUUGAUGAUAAGAUUUAUUUAAAUUUAAACACUACAAACUAUAAAAUAACAAAUUGCAUAUCAAUAGUCAGAAGGAAAUCCUGUGGGUAAUCCCGAGACGCGUUUCGCCGUGUCUGCUUCCUCAAUCGGCGUGAAGUUCCAGUUGUCCAGCCUUCGUUUUAAAUACACAGGUGAGGUCCUUAUCGGACAAUUAUUCUGCGGUUUGAGCCAACCGCUAUGUUCUCUUAUGAUGUAAGCCAAACUGGCUUAAUUUGCCGGUUCCAGUUACGUCCACCGGAAGUGACGUGUUGUUCCUAAUCGUCACAUCUAUAGCUGAUUCUGCAGAAACCAUAUUACUGAAUGGCAAAGAGUCCUAACUGCAGUAUUAUGACCUCUGCCGUAAGGGAUAAUGGGCAAGAUAAAAACAAUUAAUAUUAAGAAUUUUGGCAUAUCAUAAAAUUGUAUACAUUAGUAGCGUCCAUAUAAGUAAUAUUUUUGAAAGGUACACAUUACAAAAUUCAGUUUAUUUAAAAGACCGUAUAAUUAAAAAAACACAAGAAUUAUAUAAUUGAAAAAUGAAAACCUAGUUAUAUAAAAAUGUUAUUGGGACUUACGAACAAGGAUUUCUUUGACUAUUUAAAAGUAAGAUCAUAUAUAAUGAAAAGGUUAAAAUUUCCUAAUGAACAAGAAAACCGUACAAAUUAUUGAAAAAAUUAUUAAUGUCAAGGAUACUAAAAAAUUACUUUCUAAAACAAACCUUUUAUGAUAUAAUAUGGAAAAGAAACAUUACCCUUCAGCAAUAUCGAAAUGGAGAUCUUGAUAUGCUAAUUUCUUUUAAAACAUGGUGCAGCUCAGUACUGUGAAUAUUGGUGUCUGAUCAGACAUCAACUAUGUCAUCAAAUCAAUAUGGAAAAAUAUAUUUUGACUCCUUACAAUAAACUACUUGGCUAUAACGGUUUCUGGGAUGAAUCAAUAAGAUCAAUUAAUAUGGUAUAAUAUAACAAUAUAAAAAUCUUAGGGAAGUCUAGACAAUGCACUCAGACCUUCUCCCCUCCCCUCUCAAAUCCCUUCGAUCAAGAUUCAUUUCAUUUAAAUUUUUUGUUAUGUUUGUGAUGUCUUAUGUUUUGUACUAGCACAUGUAAUGGUGGGACAAACCAAAUUACAUACAUUCGAAAUGAUAUGUGGAUAUGUCCAAUGUUAUGUAUGUCUACUGGUAAUGUUUAAUUAUAUGUAUUUUAAUAUUCAUGCAUUAUAUAAUUAAUCAGGUACAAGUGUAGCCAAAUAUACCCUUUUUUAAUAAGCAUGUAUCUAAAUUCAAUGACUUUGUAUUUUAAGAUUUUUAAUAAAAUUGUGAAUUAAAAAUUAUAUAUAUAUGUGUGUGUAUAUAUAUAUAUAUAUAUAUAUAUAUAUAUAAUAUAUAUAUAUUUUUACUUCACAAUUUUUUAUUAAAAAUCUUAAAAUACAAAUAUUAUAUAUAAAUAUAAAAAAAGAAUUUAGCCAACAGAGUACAAAGCACCUUUUUAGUGUGGUAGCUGACUGUUGACAUUUAACUAGUACUAUCAUAAUCCAUUGCUUUGCUGUGGUGAUUCAGUAAGGGAGAAAUAUCAGGGUUUUUAACAGUCUCAUUAAUCCAGCAUUAAUCAUAUAUAUUGUUUUGCCAUUGUUCUGGAUUCCAAAGUACUAGUUUAGCUUACAGUAUAAAUGCCCCCAGCCUUACAUUGUCUGCUGCAAUGACUUUAUAUAAUAAGGCUGCUUUAUAUAGAAUGUACAUUAAGAACUUUAAUCAAACAAUAUAACCAUAUUCUUGGUCCAUUUACUAUAUACAUGUGUGAAAAUGCCCAAAUUUCAAGUAGAGUAAUUUGAAUUGUGGCCAAAUAUGCACUGUUCAGCCUUUUAAAAACUAAUUUUGAUAAGUAUGCAUAAAUAUCGAUUUUACCAUUACAUUGCUAUUUUGGCUUUUCCUUGUUUGCCAUUUUCUACAAGUAUAUUUAUAUGUUUAACUUGCAACUUAAGUCACUUUUUCAUUAAACAAUCCGUUUUCCUGGCACUGCAGGUCCCCUCUCCCUCCCACCCACCCCCGGUUGCUGAAGGGGUGAAAACCCCUUAAGUAACUUACCUGAGGCAGCGACGAUGUCCCUCAUCGCUGCUUCCUCCUCCGCCGCCACUCCUCCUCUGCAUUAGUGUUCCCCAUAGGAAAGCAUUGAAAAUGCAUUUCAAUGCUUUCCUAUGGGGAGAUGAGCGACGCUGGAGGUCCUCACAUAGCGUGAAGAUGUCCAGCGAUGCUCUAGCACAGGUUUCCUGUGCUAGAAACCGGGACGUGCCUCUAGAGGUGGAGUUAACCCUUCAAGGUAAUUAUUGCAGUUUAUAAAAAACUUCAAUAAUUACAGUUGCCGGGUUAAGAAUAGUGGGAGUUGGCACCCAGACCACUCCAAAGGGCAGAAGUGGUCUGGGUGCCUGGAGUGUCCCUUUAAAAUUGUGUUAUUGAAAAUUCCCAAGUGACAUAUCCUUUCUAACAUUGAGAAUUGUUUGUAAGUGAGCAAACACAUAAUAUCCCCUUUUAGUAUAUAUUUGUCUCACUGAGUCUGCAAAAAAUUGGCAAAAUCUUUUUUUUUUUUCUUCUUUUUUUUUUAACAAUAUAUGUGUUCUUUCAGAUAACUGGUGGUCUCAGACUUCUCCCAACUACUUCUUCAGAUUAGUAGACCUGUAUAAAGGUACAGUAGUUUAUCUACUAAAUUCAAAGAAGACGCUGUUGAUCCCAGUACUGUUUACCAGCUAUAUCACCGCUGCACUGAGACUUCUAGAGAAACUGCACAAGGUAUUUUUAGGCAUGUUCUGAUGAUCUCAGCAUGUUUGUGUUCAAACCUUAUAUGGAAACAUAAAAAAACAUUAAUCAAAUAAACUGAUGGUAACUGCAUUCUUGUAUCAUAUUUCAGAGUAGAAAUAUGCCUGUUAAGAGAGAUGUGUUUUUUUAAUACUUAAAUAUCUUCUUAAGUAAAUUAUAUUUUAGCAGUGAGUAGUAGUGCAUUGAAAAGCUAGUUGUAGCCCAAAGUUGCUGAAUUCGAAAAUUCUCAACUUGAUUUUUUAUUUUAAUUUGCAAUUUUGUUUUGUUUUCAUUUCACCCCACGAUUGCAAUUAUUGCUGUAGCUAAAGUAAUCCAAAGAUCUCUCUCUCUCUCAUUCCAGGUGAACGUGAAGGUACGACAUGUGGAGCAUGAUAAAUUUUACAUCCCAGAGAUCUCCUCCUUAGUGGACAUUCAAGAAGAUUAUCUCAUGUGGUUCUUAAACCAAGCAGGACUGGUAAGAUAUCACAUGGCGCUCUCUCUAGUUGGAUGGAAUCUCUUCAGAACCGUUCUAGUAUAUACCCCUGACCGCUGUGUUAUUAUAAAAUACAAUCUAGAAAUGAUGACUGGCCCCUGGAGCUAUAUACUACCUGACAUUUUGCCAGUUACAAUGCUCAGUUUUUGAAAAAUAGUGACACAGAUUAUUGCUCUUUUAAUAAACAUAAGUAAAACAACCUGAAAACCAGACGCAAAGGACCGAUAAUGCAUUUUAAAACAAGAACCACUUUAUUAUUUUCAAUACUAGAUGUUCCAUUGUAACAAUUAUUUAAAACACCCAGUAAUAACUCAGCCUUCACUGUUCUCCAGUGAGACUGUGAGGUCCCACGAGUCCUGAUUUCUCAUAUUGUUAAUCAUUUUCUCACUCCGUUCUGCUGGGUGCAUUGUGUUUCCCACUGUGUUACAUUUACGGUUAGCUUAGAGCAAGCAUGUCAAACUCAAAGUCUAAAACGGGCCAAAUAAUCUUCAGAUUUCAUAGAAGCAUAGGUGUAUUUCGUAAAGUACAGUCUAAAAAUUUGCCCAACGGACACUGGGCGUCCUCACACUCGUAGGGCUACAAAGUAAACAAAAGACUGAAUUUAUUAAUAUACUGCCCUCCCUCCCCCAAAUUAAUACACUGCCCCCCUUCCCACCACUCUAAUACACUGCCCUCCCAGAAUUUAACACACUCCCACCACUCUAAUACACUGCCUCUCCCUCCCACCACUCUAAUACACUGCCCACUCCCUCACUCAAAUUAAUACACUGCCUCCUCUUGCCACCACUCUAAUACACUUCCUACUCCCUCCCCCAAUUUAAUACAUUAAAAUAAUACAAAUAUUCAUUGCGGAUUUACUUAGUUUGAUAUGCUUGACUUAGAGGUUUGUACGGGUUUCCAGCUUGUGGAGACUAAAGCUGCAGUAGUGUUACUGUGCAGUUGCCAAUAAAAAAUAAAAUAAUGAGAGGAAUAUAUAUGACAGACAUAAAACCUUUGUUGAGAUCGUAAAGGUGUUUAUUAUGGAACAGUGAGUGCACUGAGCUAACAUACGGCGUAUAAACUUAUGUCAAAAUAACUGAUUUGGAAAGAUCUUAUCUUGUAAACCAAGACUGAGAUUGUCUGUGUUGGCCUGAAUUUUGCCACUUUGUCGUUAACAUAAAUCUACUUGUUUAGUUAAUACAUAUAUUUUAAAUCGUAUCCUCUGCCCCAGUCUCUGAACUUUAAUUAGAUUCUAGAGAAAUUGAAUUGAUGGUGAGUAAAUGAUAUUCCUUUGCUCCAUAUGUGUGAGCAUUUGCCCUCUUCUCUUUCUGAAAAUGACCUGCUGCCUAAAAGUAAUUCUGCAAAAGAACAUUCACAUGUCUAUAUGUUGUGUUGUGUUUUUUUACACAGUGUCUCAGUAUUUUUGUAUUAUUAUUAUCUGUUGUAUUGGAUGCUGGUUAUAUUUUUUCAUUAAAGUGAGAAUCCAAACUGGUCACAAUAGCCAAACUAGGACAACUGUCUAAGUCAACUAUGCUUUCAGUCUUAAAUUUUAAAAUCACUUUGAAUUCUCACUUUACAGGGUUAUAUACUAAAUAUUGUAUCUUGUCAAGAUGGACAAAAUCCGGUCAAAAUGACCAAAUUUCAAACGCAAUACCAAUUCUUAUAUUUGCUAAAGCCAUUUGCUGUUGGGAUUUGGUCAGACUGAGCAAAUCUUCCGCCAUUGCCUGGAUGCAUUCAGUCCGGAUUAAAAUCGGUGUUUUCGCAUCUGAACCCUAUAGAAAGUACAGGAUUUGGAAGACUCAUAGAGCACCGUUAUUAAUAAAAUUCAGAACCAAAUGCAUCUGGCAGAAUGCACAUUCGCAUAUUAUUAUUAUUGUUCACUUGCUUUUUAUUUAUUUUUUUACAAGGGAAUUGAUCAUUUUAAACAUAAAGGCUCUCAACAAGGGAGGACUAGAAAGGAAUCCAUGCAUACAAAUACACAAUAAUAAGUACUUUAUUCAGUAUUUAUAUGAGCAAAAUUUAACACAGUUAAAAAUAUGGGAAUAAAGAAAACCUUUAAAAAAUACUGAACAGUAGGUAGGACAGAGAGAAGAAAAAACAUUCCCCCAAAGAGUUCAAAAAGGGGAUCCAGUGAAUACUGAACCACCAAUUUCAUGCAGUGAAACUACAAGGCAGAUAGAUAUUUAUCUCUACAUCAUCUGCUGGAAGGAAACAGAUGUCAGAGGCCCCAGUCAAUUAGUUAUUAGGAAUUCCUGUGUUUAAAUUAAAGUCAUACAAUUCAAGGCGGAGAGAUAAUCUGAGUCUGUUAAAGGGACACUAUAGUCACAAAAACAACUUUAGCUUAAUGGAGCAGUUUUUGUAUAUAAAACUUUAAUGACAUACAGGAGGCUCCUGCAGAGUCUAACAAGUUAUUGGCAGAGCAGGAUAAGAAAUUCUAAAUUAAAAAGAAUUUGCAGUAAAGGAAGUGUAAAUAUUAGAUGACGCUGGCAGUCACAUGCAGGGAGGUGUGACCAGGGCUGUAUGAAUGAGUGAUUUAACCCCUUAAUGGCAGAGGAUUGAAUAGUGAGGCUGCAAGGGCAUGAUGUAUACACAAAAACUGCUUCAUUAAGCUACAGUUGUGUUGAUGACUAUAGUGUCCUUUUAAGGAUCACCAACAGAUAGUGCUAGGACAAUGUAACAAAUGUAAUGUAUCAAAAAGAAACCGGACCGAAAAAACUAGUAAAUAAUAACUAUCUCUGUUCCAUUGUCAACAUAAAGCUAAUGUCCGCACGUUUUGCCACUACAUGUCUGAAGCAGAAUUGGGAACUCUGCAUGGGAAUUUCUGCUGGGCAGUAUUUUCGAAGGGCUUUCAUUAUUCACAUACUUUUAACUGUGUUUAUAUAAAUACUGAAUAAAGUAUUUAUUAUUGUGUAUUUGUGUGCAGGGAUUCCUGUUUAGUAUAGUGCUCCCUUGUACAGAACCUUUAUAUUUUAAUUAUUUCUUGGGUUAGGCUCAUAUAAUAGGGGUGUGACGGACCCGUUGGCACUCCAACCGAGUACCUCCGCCAAUCGAUGCUCCUAGUCCUUGCCGAGCACUCCAAGCACUCCAACCGACACCAUCAGCACUGCAGACUUAUCCCAUCCCCCAAGCAUGAGCCAAGGCUUCAAGAAAGGGUCAAGCCGGUCUGUUUAAUGAGCACACCAAGCAACAGCACUCAUGCAGCAAAACAACUCCUCCUCAGAAGAAAACAAACUGACAGUUAAAGACAGACAGAGUUUGGAAAUAUGACAGUUAUUAAGGGUUUAAACUGGUGUUCUAAGGGGGGGGGGAAUAAAACAGUCAAACGAAGUCCAUAAAACAGGGUUUUUCUUCACACUCUGCAUCCGAAGUGCAUAGCAAAACUGCAGAUCCUUUGUCAGAGCAUUUAAAGGGCCAGAACCAGUCUAAUAAAAUCCACUAUGCCCAAAUAACGUAUUUAAAGGGCAAAAUCCUCCAGGGGCCAUAGUCACAGGGCAGGAGGCUGGCAAUUAGUCCUCUCCAGGCACAAGGGGCGAAGGGCACUUCGUCACAAGGGGUCCCUUGAUUAUGGCCAUUUAUGUACCCUAGUGGAGCUCGUAUUUCUUUUUGAAUUGCUCAUUUGAAGUACUAUUCACAGGCAAAUAGUUAAAAUCCCUUGGUAAUGCAAGGGUUAAUUAUGCGGCUGUUGGGCAGCGCUUGCUAGUCAACUGCUACUUUAAAAAUAAAUAAAAAGACCUGUGGGGUCAGUAAGACCCUCAUAUCAUUAAAAGGGAGAUUUUAAACCUUUCUAUGCCCUUCCUGCCAUGCUGCAGGUGAAGGCAUAUAAACUAAAUAUUUAAAAGCAUAGGCACUAAAAAGGCUCUAGUCCAUAAAACCGCAACACAGAAAAGUAAUUCUGUCUUCGAUCUGUGAGGGAUCUACGCAGAAUGAGACUUCAAAGACGGAAAAUCCUUUAUAAAGGCUCUCCCAUGAUUGGAAUUCUCAGUAGAGUGCCAACAAUCAUAACUCUCUGAUAGGCAAGUCUCCUUAUUUUCGAGACUUACUGUGGGAAUUUUCCAGUCACUAGUUUUUCUUCUUUUAAAUAUAGUCUCCUCCUUUACUGAGUUGAUUCGCUUUAUAUAUUUAAAUGUUUCUAUCAUAUCCCCCCGUCUCGUCUUUCCUCCAAGCUAUACAUGUUAAGAUCCUUUAACCUUUCCAAUGUAACAACAUAAUUAACCUUCAUAUUGCAGAGGGUGUUUCAACUAUUUGCCAACAGGCAGCACUAGCAGCCAGGGGCAAAUAGUUAGAUAUUUUUAACCUGGGCUCGGAUUUGAAGCUGUAAAUAAUACCGUUCGUGUACUGUAAAAAGAGCAGCAUAUGUUAAAAAUGUUAGAUGUGUGUUUUCCAACUUGCGAUAUUGGUAAAAAUGCCACUAUUUUUGCCCCAAGAGACUAAGCAGAAAUACUCAUGCCUCUACCACAUUCAGGAUUAUUUAUUGAAGUGAGAAUUCAAAGUGACAUUUUACCAGUUUGGCUUUUUUGACAUUAAAUUCUCUUGGAAUUAUUGAGUAAUCGAAUAGCUGAGAACACAACAUAUAUGCAUGUUUUCUGUUUGAAUUAUUAAUGGAAUUAAAUGGUAGACUGACUUUACAUGUUGUAUUGCAUGUAUCUUUCAUGUUAAUUUGGAUAAUAUACUGAAAUUUUAUAUGGCAAAUCAUUUAAGCUUUUUAUUUAAUUUCUUCUUUUUCUCAUUUUGUAUAGAAAGUUCAUCCAUCCAUUAUGCAGGUAAUUUCCCUUCCAUUAUGUUUCCGUAACUCUGUUUUCAUUAUUAGUGGACAUUGACACAGGAAUGGAAUCUUUUCACAGGAUUCCGUGACUCUCUGUUCUUACCCAUUUGUGUUUGAUGCCCCAGCAAAGACCAAGAUGUUGCAGACGGAUGCCGAGCUACAGAUGCAGGUAUAAAGAUCUAACCAUCCUCUGGCUCACCAGAUCUUGGUAUAAACUAUAUAAGAUGUUUUAUACCCAUGAAUGGAUAACCAUUACAGAUCAGCCACCUUUAACAAUAGGCUGUUGAGAUGGAGCACAUUUGUAUGCUAAAGACCCAAGUGAUUAUUAAUUGUAAUCCUAGAAUAAUUUCACACAUGCUGACAAUCUAGGUCAGUGGUUCUCAACCCAGACUUAGUGGACCAAAAAGUGUGCAUGCAAUAAAUGCAUACACUUUUAUUUGCUUUCUUAACUGUUGUGCUGGCGUGCCACCUAGUGGCAUGGAUGGGUAUUGCAAUCCAACAGCCACACGUUGACAGGACCGCUCAUUUGGUAGUUUUUUAAUUUCAUUUUUUUGGGGGGGAUUGCAUUUAGUCAUUGUGAUAUUUUUUCCCGGUGCUUUGUCUCCUCUAGCUAUUGUUUAACCUAAAAAGUGCCUAAAGUUUAAAAUUAGUUACAGAAAAAUUAAAGGAUAGGGGGAAUCAUGACCUCUACUGUGUGCCUUCCUUCUACCUAUAGGUAGCUAUUAAUGGAGCUAACCUGCAGAAUGUCUUCAUGCUACUUACUCUGGAGCCUAUGCUGGCCAAGAACCCAUUCUUAGUCUUGCAUGUGCGCAGAUCAAGCUUGGUGGCUGAUGCUUUAAGGGAACUGAGUAUUCACUCCGACGUGGACUUGAAGAAGCCUCUAAAGGUAGGAAGCAGUCCUCUUUGUCUUUGUCAGUUCAUUGAAUCUACUUAAAUGGUAAAUAAUAAUGAUCUAGAAUGUUCAAUCUAUGUGAGCAGUUAGAUUACAUUCAUUGCUACAGUUAGAACACAAGUUACAAUGAUGGCUUUCCCGUAACUUGAUCCAUUGAUUCAAUUGUUUACAUACAGUAUUUUAGAAUGAAGGCUGCUGGGAAGACUAUGCAGGGUUAAAAUGCUGGACACUGCUAAAUAUUUUGUGCAUUAAGGAUUAUUCAGGCCAAAAUCUAUCAAUGCAUUAGUUAUAUUGGUGCUUUUUAUAUUAAGGAUUCUCAAAAAAUGUGAAAUCUGAACUAUUAAUGGACAAAAAUUUCCUUAAACUCCUAAUAAAAAAAAGGAUAUAAAACAAGCAGCAGACUUUAUUUAUCUGUUUUUGCUUUUUUCUGAAAAGUAAAUGCAUAAAUAAGUAAAAUGGAUGCAAACGACUUUUUUUGGCUGUCACAAAUGAAAUAAAUCUUAAUCUUCUUCUAGGUUAUAUUUGAUGGAGAAGAGGCUGUGGAUGAUGGAGGCGUCACCAAGGAAUUCUUCCUUUUGCUUCUUAAAGAACUUCUGAAUCCCAUCUACGGAAUGUUCACAGUAUUCCAAGAUUCCAACCUGCUCUGGUUUUCAGACAUAGUAAGUAUAUGAUGAUAAAAUGCCUAUCCUACAGAGCACUGUCCUUUACAGCUUUAACAUUUUAGGCUACUGAUAGAAAACUGCAUUAACUGUUUUACCAGCUGCAGUCGAUAUGCAGCCUAGUAACCACUUUAUAACUUUUGUCUCAAUAGUGUUUUGUAGAGCAUAACUGGUUUCAUCUGAUUGGCAUUAUGUGUGGACUAGCGAUUUAUAACUUCACUGUGGUAGAUCUUCACUUCCCUUUGGUGAUGUAUAAAAAGUUACUGAAUGUUCCAGCCACCUUAGAAGACCUUAAGGAGCUGUCCCCAACAGAAGGAAGGUAAAUCUACACAUGAAAGCAGAAUGGAUCUGUAUACCAGUAAACCAACCAGGCAUUUCAAAGAGAUAAUAGUGAAUAAACCUUUGACUGUAUCUUUAAAUAUAGCCAAUAUUCAGUGGAUGGGAAUACAUUGUUUAUUACUAAACAACAAAACCAUAGAAGCACUUUUCCAGUGUUAAAUCAUUGUAAGCUUUCAGAACACUUUGUAACUAUUUUGUCUCGCUCACUUACAUGAUACAGAGCAAUGUUCAGGCUCUUUGCUGCAACGAAUUAACAGAAUGACCGACAACAUAUUUCUUUAUUGAGAUUUUAUCACUAAAUUUUGAAUCAAAUGUAUUGGUUAUUCCUAUGGCCCAUUACGUUUUCCAUGGAGCUUAUUACGUUUUCCAUGGGUCCAUAUCAUGUGAGUGAGGCAGAUCAAAGAUUGCUAUAUUCAAUUUUUUUUUAAAUGUUAAUGUCACUAUUUUGUUUCAUGGCUUCCUUUCAAUGUAUCAAAGACUGGCUGUGUAAAGUUACAGAUACCUUAUUCAGUGUUAUUAUUUCUUUAAUAUGUGUAGUCAUUUGGUAAUAUUAGUACUUGGCUAGUGUUAAUAUAAGAAAGGUAUUUAUUAUACAUAUUUGCCUAUGGACCAGCCUCCACUUUCCACUAUUGAGUAGCAAUUCUCUUGCCUAAAGAUCAAACAUGUCAAAAGGUUUAUAUACUAAAUAAUUGUAGUAAAUUAAAAACUGAUUGGUAUUUAUAGAUAUCUAAAUUGGAAAAAAUUAUCCAACUCUGCUAUAUUCACAGCUGGACUGUUUUGCAAAAUUUAUCAGUUUGUUUGUUCACAAUUUCCUGUUUAGUAAAUAAACCCCUACAUGUUUAUAAUUAUACAACUACUUAAUAUGAUCAUUUAUCUGUCAUCUACAAAACCCAUUUAGAAAUAGUCUUAUAUCUGCCUUGGGCCCUGCACUUAAUUUGCUCCAGCAUUUUCUGCCCCUGUGAAAUCUCUGGCCAUAAUGUACAAUUGGUUGAAUGAGAGCAUUCAGGAGUCUUUGUACAAUAGUAAAUUUUAUUCAGAGUGUUGACUUUUUUCAAGAUGCACAAAUAAGGCGAACAGAGUUAAUAAAGCAAGGAAAAUGGGCAAACAUGCUUUCUGCGUGAAACAGAGUAGAGCCAAAGAAAUACAGUUACACACGUAGAACCGAACGUGUGUAAAGUAUAUGAUAUAAUGUCUAUAUAGUAGAUAUUAGCCACUAAAUAAGUGCAACAUUAAAGUGGAUUGCAUGUACUCUUAAUUGUCUUGGAUAAAACUUACAGGUACUUUAAAAAAAUAUUUUUAAUACAUUUCCCUAGUACAGCGCUGAAUCUGAUUCAUUAAACUGGGUUCACUUUUGAGAACGAACGGUAGUAAUUUCCAGGUUUUAGUAUUCAGCAUCAGUGCCGUGGAUUGUUUGGCUUGGUUAGAUGUCUGUCUAAAUCCCAUUGCUCUCCCCUCUCAGAGAGCGCUACUAUCACCAAGCAGAUCUGCAUGUCAUCUGUAUGCCACUCCCUCUAGCAUGUAAGCUCAUUGAGCAGGGCCCUCAACCCCUCUGUUCCUGUGUGUCCAACUUGUCUGGUUACAACUACAUGUCUGUUCGUCCACCCAUUGUAAAGCGUUGCGGAAUUUGACAGCGCUCUAUAAAUAUCAUAAUAAUAAUAAUAAUUGACAAUGUCAUGAUACUCCUUUUGUAACAUUUUACUGUAGGAGCCUUCAACAACUCCUGGACUACCCCGGGGACGAUAUAGAGGAAACGUUCUGCCUUAACUUCACAGUAAGGAAAUCUAAUUCAAUUCACUUUGCUUAAGUACAAUUUUUUAAGGAUAAUAGAAACAUGGCUCACUUCAAUGAUAACUUAUUGGGUGUACAGUAAAGAGUGAAUAGUAAGGAAUUAAUAAUGAAUUUCAUAUUGUAGGCCACAAUAGCCAAUGGAAAAAAAAUCAUCCACGUCAGCUAAGAUUUCAGUUGGACUAUUCUGGCGCAAAAGUUAAAUUCACUUUCAAUUCCUAGCAAUUCACAGCCUUGCUGCCAUUUGUAAGUGAGCUUUUUGGUUACGGCCUGUAUGCCUCCAAUGCUCCAUCGUUAGGAUAGCAAGCACUGUGCGGCAUGCGGUACUGUUAUUCUUUAUAUAUUUCUCACUCAAACGCCUGUUGCGACCCAUUACUCUUUUAAAAUAGUGUCAAUCUUUCAAAACAAAGAAGAAAAAAAAAAGCAUUUUCCUGUUUCUUAAUUUUUGUUCUGUUUUUUUUAGAUAUGCAGAGAGAGCUAUGGUUUGACUGAAACAAAGUUGUUAGUGCCUGGAGGAGACCAGAUAACUGUGAAGAAAGACAACAGGUAUUUUUCAAGCUAAAAACCUGAAGCUGUUUUGCCGCACUAUCACAGAUUGUUAUGAGGUGUUGCUAGACUGUGGUAAAAGUACCUCCAACAUGUAAAGGGUAAUUUAAUUUGACAAGACAUAAGCUGACAAGUUCAAUUCAUCCCACACUGUCACAGCAGCUCCUUCAGCUUCUGGGAUUCUCUGCUCUAGCCCAACCAGCAGGAAAUCAUUCUGCCAUCACCACCUUUAAUUCCUGGGGGGUAAAUUUAGGCUACAUGAUAAAUUCAAUAAAAUAUUGCAGUAUUGUGUCAUCACGCCUUUUGUAACUGGCUAAAUCUAAAUAUUGCUGCAUUGCCGGUAUAGUAUAGCUCUUCUCCGUUUCUAGUAUCGAAGGAAAUGUUAAAAGUCACUAUUAUUGUGGCUGCACUCUAGACUAUAUGGAAAUUGGAAAUAUACACUGUACAAUUGCUAAUCUCCUUACAGCACAGAACAGUAGGUUACUUACUAUGAAAAACUAUUAAAACUGUUUAAAUCCUUUUCACCUUCACAUAAAAUGUAAGAUUUGUUUUUAAUUGAGCAGAGUGGAUAUAUGAAUGGGUGGUAGAUAUAUAAUAUAUGUUUAUGUUUACAUAUCCAUACUAUUCUCUCUUUGUUUGUGAUUGAUAUUACAGGGAAGAAUUUGUCAAUGCCUAUGUUAACUACGUUUUUAACCAGUCCGUGCAGGAAUGGUACGAGGCAUUCUCUACAGGCUUCCUGAAGGUGUGCGGCAGUAAAGUACUGGAACUUUUCCAGCCAUCUGAACUCAGGGCUAUGGUAGUCGGGAGCAGUAAUUACAACUGGCAGGAGUUGGAAGAGGUAAGCAUAACAAGGCCAAUUACAUGGCAUGUUCUAGAGCAGAAGUAGACAACCUUUGGCAAUGCUGUUUUUUCUCCCAUAAUGCUGUAGUCCACCACAACACCUGGACUGCUGAAGGUCUCCUACCCCUGUUCUAGAGCAUGUGCUGAUGAUAGCAUAUAGGUAAUAUGUUUUAUUAACCUGUUCAAAAUCGAAAUGAAUAUGAGUGUAUGCUGGGUAUAUUGUAGAUGUGUAUUUGUUGUUUAGUUGUUCUGUGUAAUAUUUUCUUGUUAAAGUCUAUAAUGGAAUUAGCAAUGUUGGAAGACCCUGAAGGAGCAGACAGGUGGUACUAAAGUGGUGGUAGUGGUACAGAAGUGGUGGUGGUACUGAUGCUAUGUAUCAUUUUUUUUAAGUUGGGCGCCAAACAAAAGUUUAAACCUUGUUACUGGCUCAGACAACUUUUUUUAUAGUAUAGCUUAUCUUAGAUUUGGUGACUUUUGUGUGAAUUUACCUCUCUACAGAAUGUCAUUUUGAUUUUGUGGUAGUAAAUUGAUCUCCCCAAGUGCAUUUGAUCUGAAUGCGUAGGAUUCCAUGGAUGGGAAAAUGAAAAUUAAAAAUGUAAAGAGACAAGUCUCCUCACAUUGUCGUGAAUUUUUGUUAGAAUUUUGCACUCUUGAUAAAGAGAACAAUGUUGUGUAGGAUGGGUUCAGAGUUCUUCUUUUUAAUAACAUACCUGGUUUGCAUGUCUGCAGUUAGUCGAUAUAAAUUAAAUAUCCAAUGAAUGGAACUGUAAGAGGUCUUUGCUUCCUGCACACAAAUAGGUGUCAGUAAGUGACAUUAGUCACUUCUGCAGGCACACAAAAUGACAGAGAUAUCAGUGGUGUCUGCAGAACGGACUAAAGACUAGCCAGUUUGUGGUUAAUGGUGGGACCUGCCACAUGUUGCCUGUGUCAGGAAACUGACAGGGAUCCAAUACGCAGAGUGCGCACAGAAGGAGGUACGUAUACCGGACCUUAGAAUGGCCGGACUAACGUAAGGACAAAGCAAGAAUAGUCAAAAGGUAAGCCGAGGUCAAGGGAGCCGGAGGACAGGUAAGCGAGAUACAAGCCGAGUCAAAGGAGAGGAGAGGACAACAGGACAAAAGACAAGCAAGGGUCAAAACCGGAAACACAAGAUAAAGAACGCGCUGAGUGACUAGCAAGCUAGAACCACGACAGGGCAAUGAGCAGUAGUAAAGGUUUCCUUUAAAUACCCUGUUACCUAAAUAGAGACCACGCCCCCAAAAGGUCCGGAAUAGCGGUUCCCGGCACUUUAUGCAAAUGCCGACGUCAUGACGUCGACGCUAGCCGUCGCGUCAUAAAAGGGGGAGGAGCUAGCGCGGCCGGCGCGAAAACGGCCGAAAUACUAGGGGAAGGGAGCCCCUAAGCAGAGAGGAUGUCCUCCCUGGAUACAUCACCAACAGGUACCCUGACAGUACCCCCCCUUCUAGAAACGCCCACCGGGCGGAUGGGACCUGGCUUAGAAGGAAAACGAACGUGGAAGGCCCGUAGAAGACGAGGAGCAUGCACGUCUAUACCAGGAACCCAAGACCUCUCUUCUGGACCAUAACCCUUCCAGUCUAUGAGGUAUUGCAGCUUCCCCCUAGAAAUACGAGAAUCAAGGAUGGACUUGAUGAUAUAUUCCUCCUGACCAUCCACACGGACCGAGGAUGGAGGAGCAGAGCGGGAGGAAAAUCUGUUACAAACAAGAGGUUUCAAUAACGACACAUGAAAAGAGUUAGGGAUGCGUAGAGUAGGAGGUAGAUCCAGCAAAUAAGAAACCGGGUUGAUCCUCCUCAGUACCCUGUAAGGACCAAUGUAACGAGGAGCAAACUUCAAGGAAGGAACUUUCAGGCGAAUGUGUCUGGUACACAACCAGACCCUAUCCCCCGGAGAAAAAAUAGGAGCAGGACGUCUACGCCUAUCAGCAUGUGACUUAAACACCGCGGAACUACGUUCAAGAAUUUGUCGAGUCUGAUCCCACAACUUUCUCAGGUUGGCUAUAUGAAUAUCAACCGACGGUAUACCCUGGGAAGGAGACACCGACGGAAGAACAGUAGGGUUAAAGCCAUAGUUCAAGAAAAAGGGGCUAUUACGAGUGGAACCACAAACAAGGUUGUUGUGAGCAAACUCCGCCCAAGGAAUCAGACCGACCCAGUCAUCCUGGUGUUCAGAAACAAAACAACGUAGAUAUUGCUCAAUUUUUUGGUUAGUGCGUUCGGCUGCUCCGUUAGAUUGAGGAUGAUAGGCCGAAGAAAAAUUCAGUUUGAUGCCCAACUGUGAACAGAAGGAUCUCCAAAAACGGGAAAUAAAUUGGGAACCCCUGUCUGACACAAUCUCAUUGGGAAUACCAUGUAAACGGAAAAUUUCUCUAGCAAAUAUCACGGCCAGUUCGGGGAGGACGGAAGUUUAGGCAAGGGAACGAAAUGAGCCAUUUUAGUAAACCUGUCAAGGACCGUGAGGAUAACUGUAUGCCUAUUGGAAGCUGGUAGAUCAACAAUAAAAUCCAUAGCCAAACAAGCCCAAGGUUUGUUGGGAACGACUAAGGGCUGCAAUAAACCACAAGGGAGAUCCCGCGGAAGUUUAUUCCUGACACAAACAUUGCAAGCCUUGACAAAGUCUUCCACAUCCCUACGUAAACCGGGCCACCAGAAGUCUUUGGAGAUCAGACAGUAAGUUUUGUGGAUGCCGGGGUGACCAGCGAUCUUGCUAUCGUGGAAACAGCGAAUAAUGUCCACCUGGAAUUUGGGAGAUACGAACAAGCGGCCCACAGGAGUACGUUCGGGAGCAAGAGAUUGUUCGUUCUGAAUAUCAACGAGCAGUGGAGAGUGUAUUUUAACAUUGGUGUUGGCGAUAAUAUUGACUUCAGGAAUAAUAGGAAACAAAGUAUCCUCUGUAGAGGUGGUAGGUUCGUGCUGACGUGACAAAGCGUCUGCCUUAGUGUUCUUAGAACCAGGCCUGUAAGUAAGCACAUAAUUAAAGUGUGUAAGGAACAUAGACCAACGUGCCUGCCUGGCAGAUAAUCUUUUGGCCUCCCCCAUAUACGAUAAAUUUUUGUGGUCAGUCAAGAUAGUAACUGGAAGGACGGUGCCCUCUAACAAAUGUCUCCAUUCCUUUAAUGCCAUAAUGAUAGCUAAAAGUUCCCUAUCACCAAUGUCAUAUCUCCUUUCAGUGUGUGAUAGUUUCUUGGAAAAAAAAACCGCAUGGGUGCAGCGGCUUAUCUAAACUUUGUCGUUGGGAUAACACUGCGCCUAUCCCUGUUUCAGACGCAUCAACUUCAAGUAAAAAGGGUAGAGAGGUAUCAGGAUGAACUAAUACAGGUGCUGAGGCAAAAGACUGUUUGAGCGUUUCGAAAGCAGAUAAAGCCUCAGUAGACCAGGUCUUGGUAUCGGCUCCUUGUUUGGUCAUAUUAGUGAUAGGAGCGAUAACAGAGGAGUACCCUUUAAUAAAAUGUCUGUAAUAAUUCGAAAAUCCAAGAAAUCUUUGUAUGGCUUUGAGUCCCUUAGGUAAAGGCCAAUCUAAAAUCGAUUUUAGUUUGGUCGGGUCCAUCAUAAACCCGUCUUUGGAAAUUACGUAACCUAAGAAAGUUACCUGAGACUGGUCAAAGCUACAUUUUUCCAAUUUACAAUACAAUCCAUGUUGUAAAAGUUUCUGUAAUACCUUUCUGACUUGUCUAUGAUGUGAAUUAAUAUCUCUAGAAUGGAUUAGUAUAUCAUCCAAAUAUACAAUUACACAUUCAUGUUGGAAUUCUCUAAGAACUUCAUUGAUCAAGUCUUGGAAGACGGCCGGGGCGUUACAGAGCCCAAAUGGCAUUACGGUAUACUCAUAAUGCCCGUAACGGGUAUUAAAUGCUGUCAUCCAUUCAUCUCCUUGUUUAAUUCGCACUAAGUUAUAUGCUCCUCUUAAGUCAAGUUUAGUAAAAAUACUCGAGCCCUUUAGUCUGUCAAAGAGUUCAGUAAUCAAAGGAAUAGGGUAAGCAUUUCUGAUAGUAAUUUUGUUCAAUCCCCGAUAGUCUAUACAAGGACGUAAGGUACCGUCUUUCUUUUCUACAAAAAAGAAACCCGCCCCCGCCGGAGAAGAAGACUUUCUAAUAAAUCCCUUGUCUAAAUUCUCCUUGAUAUAUUCCUCUAAAACUAAGUUUUCCUUGGUGGAUAGAGGGUAUACCGUACCCCUGGGAGGCAUAGUACCAGGGAAAAGUUUAAUAGAACAGUCAUAAGACCGGUGGGGAGGUAAAGUAUCCGCCUUACCCUUGUCAAAUACAGAUUUGAGGUCUAGAUAUUGUAAUGGUAUCUGAACGUCUGUGGAUUGAGAAGUGUUAGCAUAAGAGUUUACGGGGCAAACAGAAGUAACUCUCUGCAGACAUUCUUUCCUACAACCCAUACCCCAAGAAACGAUUUCUCCACCCUCCCAGUCAAUCUGAGGGUUGUGUCUCUUGAGCCAAGAAUAUCCUAGAACCACUGGGACUGCCGGGGAGGAAAUUAACAGAAGGGAAAUCAACUCUUCGUGGAAAAUACCAACAGUAAGCUUAACGGGUUCGGUCUCAUGGAAUAUUACUGGUUCAGAUAAAGUUCUACCAUCUAUGGCCUCAACGGCCAAGGGUGUAUCUCUCAAUUGGAAUGGGAUACAAUGCUUAUUAGCAAAAGUUUGGUCUAUAAAGCUUUCUGCUGCUCCAGAAUCUAAUAAUGCCAUCGUAGCAAUAAACCCCUUUUCCCAAGCUAGAGAGACAGGAAUCAGAAGCCUAUGGUCUUUUUUAUUAUGCAUAGAGGACAGUAAUGAAACACCCAAGGCCCGUCCUCUAAGGGAACUUAGGUGCAAGCGUUUCCCGGACGAUUAGGGCAACUAAGACGUAGGUGACCUCUCAGCCCGCAGUAUAAACAGAGACCCUCCCUUCUCCUGUACUGUCUCUCAGCCUCAGAUAAGCGAGUAUUACCUAUUUGCAUAGGUUCUGGUGGAGUAGGAUUAUAGGAGUCAGGGUUCUGAAAUGAGGGAGCGAGUCUUACAGGAAGUCUAGUAACUCUUUCCCGAGUGUUCUGCCUCUGUCUCAUGCGUUCAUCUAUUCUGGAAAUGAAGGAUACUAAAUCCUCUAAAUUUUCCGGAAGUUCUCUUGUGGCAAUUUCAUCUAGAAUUUCAUCAGACAACCCAUUCAAGAAAACAUCCAUAAAAGCUUGUUCGUUCCAUUUCACUUCUGCUGCCAAUGAUCUAAACUCUAGAGCAUAUUCUACAAGGGUCCUAUCUUGUUGUUUAAGGCGUAACAGGGAUCUGGCCGCAUUAAUCUUCCUCCCUGGGGGGUCAAAGGUUCUUCUAAAAGCCGUGACAAACGCAGUGUAGUUGUAGACUAAAGGAUUGUCAUUCUCCCAAAGGGGAUUGGCCCAUCUAAGUGCUUUAUCUAUUAGCAGGGUUAUGAUAAAGCCUACCUUAGCCCUGUCAGUGGGGUAAGCCCGGGGUUGUAGUUCGAAAUGUAUACUUAUCUGGUUUAAAAAACCACGACAAGCAUCAGGCGAACCCCCAUAUCGUAAUGGUGACGUGACAUGGGAAGAUGCGCCUACAGUGGCUACUUCCAAACCAGUACUUAGCGAGUGGCUAGCAGUGGAACGUAUUUCUUCAGACUGGGUACUGGAGCGUGUCAACAAAGUUUGUAAUGCUAAAGCCAUUUGGUCCAUUCUAUGGUCCAUGGCCUCAAAUCUGGGGUCAGGAGGACUAGCACCUGCAGGAUCCAUCAUGGCCCUGUCGUAAUGUCAGGAAACUGACAGGGAUCCAAUACGCAGAGUGCGCACAGAAGGAGGUACGUAUACCGGACCUUAGAAUGGCCGGACUAACGUAAGGACAAAGCAAGAAUAGUCAAAAGGUAAGCCGAGGUCAAGGGAGCCGGAGGACAGGUAAGCGAGAUACAAGCCGAGUCAAAGGAGAGGAGAAGACAACAGGACAAAAGACAAGCAAGGGUCAAAACCGGAAACACAAGAUAAAGAACGCGCUGAGUGACUAGCAAGCUAGAACCACGACAGGGCAAUGAGCAGUAGUAAAGGUUUCCUUUAAAUACCCUGUGACCUAAAUAGAGACCACGCCCCCAAAAGGUCCGGAAUAGCGGUUCCCGGCACUUUAUGCAAAUGCCGACGUCAUGACGUCGACGCUAGCCGUCGCGUCAUAAAAGGGGGAGGAGCUAGCGCGGCCGGCGCGAAAACGGCCGGAAUAUGCCGAAAUGCUAGGGGAAGGGAGCCCCUAAGCAGAGAGGAUGUCCUCCCUGGAUACAUCACCAACAGGUACCCUGACAGCCUGCAAGUGAUUGGUUGUGUAAAUGUUUUGCUUGAUAUGCAAUUAGAUGUAUAGCGUAUGCUUCAGAGCACUUUGUAGAAUUAAUUUUGAUUAUAUGUAAUUAAAGGACCACUAUAGUGCCAGGAAAACAAACUUGUUUUCCUGGCACUAUAGGGUCUUUAGGUUGCCCCCACCUUCAGUGUCCCACUCCCGCUGGGCUCAAGGGGGCUGAGGGGGUUAAACACUUACCUUUCUCCAGUGCCGGGAUCCCUCGGCGCUGGGGAACUCUCCUCCCUCUGCCGACGUCAGCGCCGAAUGCGUAUGCGCGGCAAGAGCCGCGCGCGCAUUCAAACAGUCCAUAGGAAAGCAUUUCUCAAUGCUUUCCUUAGGACGUCAGCGUCUUCUCAGUGUGAUUUUCAUAGUGAGAAGCGCGGAAGCGCCUCUAGCGGCUGUCAGUGAGACAGCCACUAGAGGCUGGAUUAACCCCAUGUUUAGGGACCUGGCACCCAGACCAUUUCAUUGAGCUGAAGUGGUCUGGGUGCCUAUAGUAGUCCUUUAAGCUAGGUUAGUGCAUAGGUAACAGUACCUACUCAACCACGAAACAAAUUUUGGGAAGAGCUCUAGAUAAUCCAGCUCCAGCUUUGGUGACCUUCUUAACGAGGAUGGUGGCCCUUCAUCCAAAUAUUACAACUAUAAAAAGGAAAAAGGUCAAAUGACCUCAAAUCACCACAAUGUCGUUUUUUUCUAGUUGCGAUGUAAAUAGUAUUGUUUAUUGGAGACUCGAAUGUGCUAUCAGUGGAUCUGAUGUUUCACGUUUUUUUGUGUUGUUUUUAGAGUGCAGUCUACAAAGGUGAAUACUCAGCCAUGCACCCGACAAUGAGGAUGUUCUGGGAGACAUUUCACGAAUUCCCACUGGACAGGAAAAAGAGGUUUUUGUGUAGGUAUAUCAAAGAACACAUAUAUUUGAAGAGCUGUUAUUGGAAAGCUUUAAAUGGAAAGAAAUCUCAAUGGAAACCAGCAGAAUGUUGAUUGUUCUAGUCUUAUAAAUUUGCCACAGAAAUGCAAUCUAUAGAUGGACUGGGAAACACCUGGUGUGGAAUACCAAGGUUACUUAUUAAACUGGCUUCUCUAUUGUUGUCAUAACCAUAAUGGCUUCAGCUCCCUUAACCCAAGGUGAACAAAGGAUGUAUUCUGCAAUAUUAUUUCAGUAUUAAAACUAGAUCCAUCUGCCUCCUUGAUGUCCAAAAAUAGUUAUAGUCUGGAAAGUAAUAUAUUCAGUAUCGGUAUCACUGGAUCAGAUAUAUUAUUGAACAAGUUGACUACCUUUUUCCUGGAAAGUGACCAAACACACUCACGUAGCUCCAAGCAGGAAUUCCGAUUUACAAUGCCAUUUCAUUCAUUCUAAGUGGGACUGACCUGGAAACCUUGUCAGAUCAGUCGUCUAUUCUAUGCUAUAUAGUGUCUGCCAUGAUAUUUUUUUUAUUUUUUUUUUAAAUUCUUUAUUUUUUUGUUGUGCAUGGGAACAACGUAUGUCAUACAAUGAAUAAAUAGCCAGUAGUUGGUCCGUCAGAUAGAUGAAGUGUACAUAUAAGACAGCACAUUUUUUGUUUUAUAAUAAAGUAAAAACAUUAAGAGCAUUGCGCACAUUUGAGCAGUCACCAUCUUAUUAAAACUAUUACAUAUUAUAUGCACCACUGUCAACAGAAUAUUAAAUAACUGUAGGAACCAAUAAGAUUGAGUAAAACAGUGUGCUCAGUUAUUCAAUCCUGCAGUCAGUUUAACGACUAGCAGGUAUAGCUGGAGUGAGUUAUGAUGCAGGAAACAAACUGAGAUCAAAUUGAGGUGAUAUUGCAGGUUAUCAUAUGAGCACAUGUGGUCGUUUGAGGUACAGUUAACGCGUAAGUCCACUGGACCCUGGGGCGCACUAGCGUUAAUGCAGGGGUACGCCACAUUAGGAAUAGUGUUUGUCUAGGUCUGAAAUAUAAGGGAACACAAUAAACAUAAUGUAAAUCCGACAGCAGAAAACUGAAAACAUAAAAAGCAAUGCAAAGGCAUCUGGGUAUGCAGCUGCUGCCGCUGCCUGAGCAAGACUCGGAAUAUAGGUGCAGUCCCCGGAUCAUCCAAUUCCUGCCAGCGGCAGGGUUGAUGCGUGUGCAGGAGCAGCCGGGAAGUAUGCUUUAGCAGCACAGCAUAUCUGGGCUUCCUCCAUCUCUAAACUUGUAUGAGGGCUGGCAUACCCUGCCUGCAGGCCUGGACCCCCUCAGGUACCAAGGCUAUCUUCCCUCUGGAGCAAGCAGGCGGUCUGGAUGGUCUGUGCAACUUUCUGCGGUUGCUCCUCCGCUUCGGUGGUGGAUGCUUGGUGGGGAGGCCUCAAGUAGCUCUUGGCUUCGGUAGGCGGGCAUCUUUGUGACUGGGAGCUUGCUUUGCAAUGUCCCCCUGAGGAGGCACACUCCGUUCGGAUGGCUUGUUGAUGUGUGCAACCUUCCGCUGUUCUGUCACAGAAGCUUGGGUACACUCCUCUACUAUCUGCCAAAAGCUUUGGAAUAUUGCAUCCAGGCGCUGCAAGAUGAAGUCAGUUGAGUGACAUUGAUGCCUUCAGGGUGCUUGUAGGCCCUGUUUGAUGGACGAUAGGGCAGUUGCCAUCUUGAUUACCCAGUGCAGGCUAUGUGUUGCUUAAUUUCCAUGUGGAGUACAGAGUAGAUAAGGUAGUUAGCUCCAAUGUGUCCAGUGGGGACUGGGAUUUCCUCCACCGGUCCAGAGGUGGGGUGUUGGUAGGAGUAUAGCUGAGCUAAACUGGGGUCUAAGGAGUGAGAUCGGCUGCCUCUCCCAAGCUCCGUCCCCAGUAGGCCACAACAGAGAGACACGGUAUCCGGCGGGGUAGAAACAUCGUUUGACGUUCAGGAUUGUCAGCAGUAACCCUCCGACUUGGACAGUGCCCUUGCUUGGACGUAGCUUUUCUUUAACCGAGGGAUAUCACCUCAGAUGUAGUAAAACUAUUAGGAGCUCAGGCACAGCACGUCUGCUCUGCAUGGAAGCCUGGUUCUACCCCAGUACUCUCCAAUAUUAAAGACAAAUUAUACCAAAAAGAAAAAGCAUUUUGAUAUGCAGAAUGACAGUCUACAACAAAAUGCUGUUUUUGAUCACACACUAGAGGCUCCUGCAGGUUCUAAUAGCCAAUUAACAGAACAGGAUUUGAGAAAUUCUAGAUUAAAUAGAAUGAGCAAUAAAGGAAGUUUAAACAUUAGAUCUCUCUUUACAGGAAAUGUCUAAAGAGAAUGUUUGUCAUGUGCGUGAACAAAGUGAUUUAACUGCUAAGUGAGACAGCAGGAGCAUGAUCAAUACACCAACACCGCUUAAUUAAGCUAAAGUUGUUUUGGUGCCUAAAGUAUCCCUUUAAGAAAAUAUAUGCUUUAGGAUACAUUGUAAACAUCUGUGUACAGGUUGCUCAUGAAAGUCCUGAAGCAUGAAUUUUUUCAAAGUAUGCCUAAUGAUGUAAGUAAUAAAGUAAUAUGAGCCUUCUUUUAUAAGAGGUGUUCUGGGAAGGCACAAUGGCUGCUCCCAACAGGUUAGUUUUGGUAUUCAGCUGCUACUAAAGUGUACAACAACUGCAUACAUAUUAAUAAUGACAUUAGAAUAUCUGCAUAUUUUGUUUAUUUCUCUGUAAGCUACAUAGCAGUGUAGAAGAUUGAAUAGCUUUCAUCAAAUUAAUAGUGUUUAUUUCAAGUGGGUUUCCCUUACAAAACUAUCAAGCAUGUACUGUAAAAUUCAUAUACUAACCAUUUCACUGUAAUCUUUCUCUAGUAUUUCUCACCGGCAGUGACCGCAUCCCUAUUUAUGGCAUGUCAAGCCUACGCGUUAUCAUCCAGCCUGUAUCGAGUGGAGAGGAUCACCUCCCUGUAGCUCACACGUGUUACAACAUUUUGGACCUCCCAAAAUACAGCAACAAAGAAACUCUCAGAGUCAGACUCACCCAAGCUAUUGAUCAUUACGAGGGCUUCAGCUUAGUUUGAGACAGCCUUGUGUUCCGCAUCCAGCUUCUGCAAACAUGCACUUUAACUCCCAGUGUAAAAAUGCACCCUGUGUUCUGUAUUUUAAAUGCACCCGUUUCUAUUUUUAUAAAUGAAUCAAUCAAAAAAAUGUGAAAAGAAGCUCCCAUUACUGUCUUCUGACAUUGGGAAGCAUAAAUUGUUUGUUUAUUUUUAUAUUUCUGAUUGUCUGUGAUUUUUUUUUUUUUUUUUUAUGUUUGCUGUACUUUUUAAUUUUACCCUUUAUUUUAUUAAUUUAUCUGCUUUUUCUCCACCAUAGAAGGGAGCUGUCAGUGUCUUGUAUUAUAAUUGACAAUAAGCAACGAUUGUUCUGUUUGUUAGUGAAUGUAUGUGAGACUAUUCUUGUUUCCACCUGAUCCAGCUGAAUUUACAAUGUUACAGGAAAUUGCAGUAUUUAAAACUAAGCCAUUACAUUGACGACAUAUUCAAUGAAUGACUGACUCAUGGCAAACAAAUUUCAAAUGUGCAGACAAUACCUGGUGUAACAGCUUCCAAAACACUCGCUGUGAUCUCAACAGACAGAAUGUCAUGGAGUUUUUAACUUUAACAAAGUUAAUCAAACACAUAAAAAAGCAUAAAGAAACCUCAAAAGAGGGUAAAUGUGUAUCUAAUUAAAAUAUUACAUUUUGUAUAAAAUUCUUAAAACCGUAACAACUGAAAAUAAAAUGUAAAAAGUGAAUUGCUGAUCACCAAUAAAACUAUUAAAGCAAACAAUUCUACUAAUGAUAUGAUGAUACAUUAUAUCUAAAGAUAUUUGUGAAAUACCUUUUUUUUGUAAAUCCGACACCUUUUACAAUUUAGAUACUGGAGUAUGUGUGUUUAAAUUAUGAAACGCUGCACAUACAGCAUUUAACUGUGUAACUCCACCUAAAGCAGUGCCAUUGGGGCAUCAUUAGCCAGUCUUGAACAAGAAUCUGGGCUGGUUAAUGUCAAUUCUGUGCAUAUUUCUAUGCACAGUGUUGCAUUCUGCUGAGAGCUGACUCAGGCAUUAAAUUGUGAUCAGCUUGCGGCUCCUACAGCUCCACCAAAGCCAGAUUUCGUCACUGCCGUGGAGACUAGCCCCUUUGUGCCUGGUAGGAGCAAAGAAUUAAAAACUGCUUUGCCUCAUUACUGGAGAGUGGUGCCAGAGUACUCCUGAAAUCAUAACCACUACUGCAGGCUGAAGUGGUUAUGGUGCUUGGAGUAAUCCUUUACAUCACUUUUUUACCAAUUGCUAUAAGUUGGAAAUCUUUUCGUUUACGCUUAGUGUUAAUUCUUUGUUUUUAGAAAGACUUUGUAUUACUUUAAUUAGAUACUCAUUUUAUCUCCAUAUCUUAUCGUCUAUAGAAUUUGAUUGUAUCGGUCAUUCGUCAUGGAAUUCCUCGUUGUUAAUGAUAUGCGAUCUACAUAUUUGGCUCAUGUACGGCCACUGUCCUCUUUAAGUGGCCUUAUUCUGAAGGACAUCUAAAACCGAUAACUGUUUACCUUUGCUAAAUUGAUCUAUUGCAAUAUAAUGAAAGUGUAUGAUCCAACAUUUCAUGCUCCGUUUUUUAGUUCCCUUUGUCAAUAUAUCAUGCUUUUGAAAAAUGUGAUAGAUGCAAACAUGAGAUUUAGCACCCACACAAUCUAUGCAAGCAGCUAUCCAGUUGAAUGGAUUGUAUUGCUCAUAUUCUCUGUGGUGCAAAAGCUUUAACCCUUACAGAACCAAAGAACUGUUAUUCAAAAAUGCUUUUUCAUUCUUUCAGUUUACAAAAGGCCGUAGUGGAUGUUAACGCAUUCCUUACCAUCUAAGAACUAGACAACAAAAGUGCAAAAAUAUUGCAGUGCCUUUUUAAAAUAAAUUCACUUGAAAAUUGUUCAAUUAGAAAUCUGCUUGAUUACUUACAUUACGUGUCUAAAUUAAGACUUUGAGGAAGUGACGGCUUUUAGGUAGAGCCCCCUUUGCAAAGCAUCUUGGGAAUUAUCGUUUGGCAGCACAGGGUCAUUUAUCUUGAAGUCAGGCCUGGUUUAAAUGCAUAAAAGCACACAAAAUGGUGAAAUCUUAAUUGUUGUAAAGUAGGCAGUUUUGACUUUUUAGUUUUUUAUAAUAUAAUUUUACAAGAUUUAUAUCCAUUUUUUUUUCUGUUUCAUUACAUUGUUACAUACAUUACACUUAUUACAUAUAUGCUCAGAGGUCAAUUAAGCAUGGCUGCCUGCCUACACAUUCACAAGAAAAGUAAGUCUAUAACAACCCUUCAACGUUAUUGGUUAGAAAAGAAUACUGGUAUUUUUAUAGGACACAUAUGUAAUGUUCCUUUAAGUAAUCAGUUCCCAUAUCUUAUAUAUGAUUGGUACUUAUAAUGUGGAACUGUCGGAACUGUGUUGGCUCUAUAUUGAGGUUUACCUACUGCAGGGGUGCCUAAAAAAUGUAGAUCCCCAGUUGUUUUAUAACUACAUCUUCCAUGAUGCUUUGCCAUUCUAAAGGAAUUCAAAAGUCAUACAAAGCAUCAUGGGAGUUGUAGUUCUACAGCAUCUGGGGAAUUUACCUUUUGGGUACCCCUGUCCUACCAUUUAGGAUUGAAAUGCUUUAUGUCUAAUGUUUAUAAUUAAAUGAACUCUCCAAGCAUCAUAGCUACUGCAGCCUGUUGAAUAGUCUAUUGUUCUGGUUAUGACCCUGUGACAAUGUGGGAGCAGUUCACCUGGUGUUUUGUCAAAUGAGAGCAUUCCUGGAAUCCAACACCCAUCUCUGAAAUUGCAAAGUGAUAUUUCACUUCCUCUUUAUCCAAGAAUUUCUAAGGCAUGAAUGCACUUUAUGUGCAAAGAGAGGCUAGGAACUUUGUUGUAUAUGUUGAAUCCGCUAUGAGUGAAUUGAUGCAACUGUGGUCCUUAUUGGUUCCACAAAUUGAUACAGAGAUUUAAUUGCAUCAAGAAGUGCAGUAAUAAUUCAGAGACACCAAAUGAACAUAUACCCCAGUACUCAUUCUUUUUAUUGCACAGCAAGGGCAUGCAGUACAUGUUCACAUCAUAAAGACUUUAGGACAGAUAAUGAAGAAGUGAAAUGUUGCUGUGAAUUAAAAUGACAUGCUGGGGAGGGGAGACUAGGGAUGCCAAUAUAUUUUUUUUUUUUUUUUGUCAACCCACUUAAAAUAUUUUGAAAGCAACCAGAGGGACUGCACAUAUAGCAUAAUGAAACUAUAACCAUUACUAUAAACUGCAGUAGUUAUGGUGCUUUGAGUGUCCCUUUAACCUCUUAAGGAUACAUGACAUGUGUGACAUGCCAUGAUUCCCUUUUAUUCCAGAAGUUUGGUCCUUAAGGGGUUAAAUCCAAGGGAGGUUUGUCAUGUUGCAUCUUGAAAAUAAUAAACAUCUAGUUACAGUAUCAUUUUAAUAUUGCUAAAUUCAUUAGAGUGUGUUUUUUAAAGGGGUCCCCUAAAGUAACCCACCCCAUCUCAUUGAAAUGGUCUGGGUGCAGUGCGCCAUUAGUUUUAACCCCUUAAUGUAAAACAUUGCUGUUUGGAAGUACGACCAGAGGCUCUUCCACUGUGAGAAAAAAGUGAGUUGUUUCUCGUAGUGUACAUCCAUUUUACUGGAGAAGCACAUGCGUUUUUUGUCCCCAAUGCUCCGCUAUGACGAUGUUUAGAAGCCCCAGCGUGACUUCACAGGAGGCAGAUUGAGCGGCUGCAGGGAUUCUAUGUUCUGGAAAAAAGUUGAUAUUCUUUAUUCCUGUUUUUAUAUAGAGUUGGAUGGGAGUGGGGGUUAAUCUAAAUGAAGAGAACACCAUGGCAUUAUGAACACAGUUUUGUAUUCCUAUUGUUAUAGUGUUCCUUUAAGAUAGUGUUAUUUGACAAACCAGGAAUUGUGGACAAUUUGUAUGGGAAUUUAGACCAAAAUAGAGGUGGCAAUGUUCUCCUACUUAUCUGUUAUCAGGUUCAGCUAUUAUGGCCUUAAAUUUGCAAUUGUCUAUGCAGUUAUUAUAUACAUAAGCAUAGUGCUUUCUGACAGCCAAAUUUCAAAUUCCAUUUGAUCCAAUAUGUGGAUCAGAUUUAUAUCCCAGUUCCAAUCUGACUUUGUACAUACACAGUGUGGGAGAACAAUCCAUUCUACAAUAUUAAACUGUUCCAAGCCUUGCUCAUUUUAAACAGAUAGCGAUCACAUGAAGUGUUUUCCAGUGUAAAUUGUGUUAUGAAGAUUAAAACAAAAAAAAA